AUGCCUGCAAAUGGGAACCAUGUAGAUCAGGUGAGUGAUGUGGGAAUUGACCAUGUGACUGUUACAAUGUGAUGGGUUCCUAAUUAUAGAAAGUGUUGAUAACACACAGGACUGGGCAACACAGAAACAAUUCCCGCAUCACAGGGGUAAUAUGUAAAUGGGACUAAGUCCCUUUCCUCUGAACUUAAUGAGACUUAGUUCGAACUAGAUAAAUGGGAUACUGAAUCUGAAGCUCCAUUUUUAGAUUUGCUAUGUGGAAAUAAACUCCCAUGAAAUUAUCCACAUAGUGUGUUAUGGGUAGGUUGUCAGAAUUUCCUCCUAUCAAAAAAGGGGUAGGUUUUUCCCCACUUUUCAUCUCUUUGUAGAACAACUUUUAUUCCUUUGCUAGGAAACGCUGCUUUACAUUGUCCUGUGAAACUGCAAUAACUUGCAAUUUUUAUUCUUGACCUAAAAAAGGAAUUUAAUAUUUUACACUGUAUUGGAAAUCUUUUUAUACUUGAACAAUUUCGUACAAGGGAAGACAGGAUAGCAUUUUUAUGGACUUUAUCCAAUGUCACUGGAUUUAUUUUAAGUAUUUUGAGUACUAGCCAGUGUUAUAUAAGGUAGAUAACAUGACUCUCAUGUGCAUGUUAUUUAUUAUGUAUAUUGCUUUAUAAUGUUUCAAAUCUUCUAAUCUAUACACUUGUAUUAAAAAAAAUAAAAAUAUUGUUGAAUCCAACCUAUUUAGUCUUGCCAAAAAAAAAAAAAAAAGUUUCUUUCCAUAUCAAGAUGCCUCUAUGUGUUUUCUAAAGUUCCUCAGUUGUGAGAAGAGCAAGUUCAGUGAUUUCAAAGAUGCACAUCAAAAGACAACUGAAGCAUUGCCUGGCUUGUUCAGUAUUGUACAAUACUGCGAAUCUUAAGCUUUAAGGCUCAAGCGAGUACUGCUUCAUACAAUACAUAAUUAACUUGUGGAAUUUAUUAUACAGUACAAAAUGUGACAGUUGCACCACACGCUAAAGGUAAAGGACCCCUGACAGUUAAGUCCAAUCGCGAACGACUCUGGGGUUGCAGCGCUCAUCUCACUCUAUAGGCCGAGGGAGCCGAUGUUCGUCCGCAGACAGGUUUUCCAGGUCACGUAGCCAGCACGACUAAGCCGCUUCUGGUGAAACCAGAGCAGCACACGGGAAUACUGUUUACCUUCCCACCGGACCGGUACCUAUUUAUCUACUUGCACUUCGUGCUUUCGAGCUGCUAGGUUGGCAGGAGCAGGGACCGAACAACGGGAGCUCACCCCGUCGCCGGGAUUUGAACCGCCAAUCUUCUGAUCGGCAAGCCUUAGGCUCAGUGGUUUACACCACAGCACCACCUGCGUCCCACUGCACCACACGGUAGCAGGCUCUAAAUACUAUGAUACUUUCUGGCUUAGUAGCAGAUGCCCAUUAUAAUUGACAAAGUAAUCCUAAUAGGGAUGGCAGUGGCAGGGAGUGAGGUGGUAGAUUGCCCACCCCUUCCAAAGUCAUACUACUGACACCAGGCAGGGCAGGAAGUUCUGAUUUUCUUAACAGCAACACACAAUUUGGUUUCUUGGGGAGCCAGAAUUGAGGGCUCUGGCUCCAAAGCCACUUUCAUCCAGGCCCUGAAUGCCCCAUUCUGGGUCCUACUGGCAAUGGAGGGGAAAACACUGAACUCUCUCCCUGCUCCCUUCAUUAUUGUAUUAUUGAACCAUCAGCUCCAUAUAGGCAAAAGAAGCUCAAGGUUUUCAGAAGAUAAUGGGGAGAUAUUUUUUUAAAAUGCUACUAUGGUAUAUUUAAGCAAAUAAAAUAAGGUUGGGAGACUGGAAUAUCAAUGAUGCAACUUCAUCCGGGGGGGGGCAGGAAGGGGGACCACUACAAAACACCAGAAGCAACAUUUAUUGAACAACUUCCGUUGGCAGAAAGUUAAAAGAACUAUGGGAAUAGUAUACUGUUCUGAGGGAGUGGUGUUUCUAGGAAUCUUAUAGUAAAUAGUUUUUCUGUGCCAACAUCUGGGCCUGUUUCAAAGCGUGCCCCCCCCAUCAGAUAUUUAAAUCCAUUUUAUUUCUUACUUUAAACAGACAUUCGCUGCAAUGCUUCAAGUAAUUUACCAUUGCUUACCGCACUAAGCCCUCUUGAUUAAUAAAGAAGUUAAUGUGGUAUGCUCUUCGGAAACAAAUUUAUAUUUCAUAACUUCUAAGUCCCUAAUAUAAAAGUAUUUUGAAUUCAGCAAGGAACGUAGCUGUUCAGGUGUGCCAACUUGAAUAAAAUAAUGUGGGGGGCCAGGUAAGACCCACCCCACAUAAUCAAUCACAAGUUGUGGCAUGCACACACCAUUUGAUUAUUUAUCAUUUUCAAUGCAAAAUUACAACAAAAAUUGCAAACAUAAAAUCCAAAAAAAGGGGGGGAAACAACUACAAAGAAAACCAUGCCAUCAUAGUAAUCUUUAUGUACAUACACAUACUGACUUCCAUUUGAAUGGCAAUACCCAUCAACUUGGGGGGACCUCCGCCCCCUCAAAUAUUUUAUGAGUGGGGGACAAAGGGAACUCGGCCCCUAGGAACUGGCGCCUAUGUAUGUAUUGAACAUGUUAACCUGUACCAACUAGCAUGUUUUAAACAUCACACUUACUGCCCCAACGUGUUUAAAGGCUGCUCAUUUCCCUUGAUCUCUGAAUGUCUUAGGCAGGGCACGAUCCAGUUGUUCUUUUGCAUCCUCAACACCCUCUCCUAGUGGCCUCAAGCCCCUAUCCCUGUAUGUAGCCUUUUCACAAAUUAAAAGCAGUGUUUGUAGGACAGCUGUGUGCAUUUAACAGCACAUUUAAGGGACUCGCUGGGUCAAGCCUGCAAUAUCCCCCAACACUUCAGGUUUUAUACUCUCUACUCAACCUUUGCCAGUAGCUUCAUGUGGGGAAAUGUGUUCAUAAUCCUGUUACUAAAACUGAAAAAGAGAGAGGUAGACUUGCUUUUUGGAUUAAGGAUAACUUGCAGCUCUGCAUAACUAUCAAGUGCUAUCAAUAAUCCAUGACGACAUGUAGAACUCUAUUAAUAAGAAAUGCUGUUAUGUGGAAAAGGCGAAGCUGGUGUGGUGUCCUAGUUCCAAAGGAACUGAAUACUCACUGUGACACAGCAUCUUAUACCUUCCCAUAUUAGAUCAUCCAAUAUAUUUGACACAGAGGCAUGGUCAUACUAGUCAAAUUCUGGAAGGUAGUCUAAACAGACAUGAGCAAUACAUUCCCCAAGAUAUAAAAUAUAAGUAACCACUUUUUUAAAACCGUUCAUAACAUUUCGAGGAUGAAUCAGGACACAGGAAGUUCUAGGGAAGCAGUGAUGCACAAAAAUAAUACAAUUUAAAGUAUAAUUCUGGUUCUAUUUCCAGAAUGCUAGAAUGAAAAUUGCCUAUUAUAACCAUGGAAGGAAAAAGAGUACAGACAUGCAUAACAAUCAGAAGAGUGCGAUUUCAUAUGAGAAAAGGCUAAAAAAGAUUAUGAUUCAGUGCUACAUUGUGCUGGACAGGUAAGAUGUGCAUUAGUUUUACAUCAAAUUGAUAAAAAUUUGCAACAAGUUCAAUUAGAGGAACAUAGUAGAAAAAUCCAAUAUACUUUCAGUUAUUACAGCAAUAGGGGUUCUAUUUUCAUGGAUUAUAUAUUGCAUAGCAAUUUACAUUUUAAAAUACUUUGAGCUCAUGGCACAUGUCCUUACCAUUCAGUUUGCAAUGAGAAAUAUAUCUAUAUAGCUCAUCUCUUAUGAACCUGAUGGACUAUCCACUAUCCAGUUCAAAUCUAUGUUCUCCUAAUAGCUGGCUUUAUUCUGUGAAAAGAGUAGAAUACUCACACAAGUUGGUCAUUUUCAAAACUGAUGACACUUAAAAGGAAACAUCUUAAAUCAACCUGUAGCUGAUGUCUUGUAUGACCGCUCACUUUCAUAUUAUUGUAUGCAUUAAAAGCAUAUUUCCAGAAUACACUGAUAAAAUAAUCUGUUUUUAAUCUGUAUAUAAUCAUUAAAAGGCAUGGCACACACAGCAAAAAUUGUACUCAUCAUUACAUAGAAACAGUCUGUGCAUACAUUACAAUUUGUGGUGGUAGAGGGUAAGUUGUGUUCUGUGAAAUAUUAAACCACCCUUUAGCCAGUGGGCUGUAUCCAAUGGUGCCCUUUGCACUGACAUGUUAUAGGUGGUGGUGGGGAAUCAGUCUAGAACAGGCAUAGGCAAACUUGGCCCUCCAGAUGUUUUGGGACUACGACUCCUGUCAUCCCUAGCUAACAGGACAAGUGGUCAGGGAUGAUGGGAGUUGUAGUCCCAAAACAUCUGGAGGGCCGAGUUUGCCUAUGCCUGGUCUAGAACAUAUCCAUGGGUCCCUUCUAGGCCAGCGAUUUUAUAUCAAGGAGGCUUAGAAACUAGAAGAGGCCGCUGAACUGGUCAGACUAGUUUUUUUGUAAUAAAAUGGCCUUAGCUAGCUAUGGAGACAAGUGGGUGGGCUUUUUCCCACUUCACCAGUCUGAAUGCCACCUCAUCCUCCGCAACUGCACCAGGCAUUCUUAGCCUGUUUCUUAAUCAGGGCCAGAUUACCAUUCUCCAUUGGAAAAACCAACAACAACCUUGAAGUGCAGGGCCAAGUACAAAUAUUUAAGAACUUCUGAUGUAGAGGAAAGGGUGACAUUUUCCCCAGACCACAGCUCUUGGCACUGGAGCUCUCAGUUUCCCUUCUGUAACUCCAUGUGUCACUUCAAGUGCAUGAAGUGCAGCUAUCUCCUCAAACAAAACGAGAAGUCAAAGGUUUGACCAACCCUUUGUUUUUUACUCCACUCCAGCCUACCAAGUGCAGUAGCGAAACAAGAAGUCUACACAUGUCCUGUGCUGCUCAGUAUUUUUUGAGGGGAUCAGCUAAGUACAAUCCUCAUAGAGAAAAUUCAUUGUGUAUCCGACAAAAGGUACAAAAGAGCCCAUAUCUGAAUGAACCUAAAGCCUCAAAUGCAGAGUUUUUGUUGACAACAGACAAUUUGCUGACAGCUAACACCUCAUAUAAUGCCCUAUUAUUCCUACGCAGCCUGUAUGAGGUUCAGAGCCUGUGCUUCCAUAGCCAAUUCAACAUUUGGAGCUUUGAUACACAGCUUCAAAAUAAAUAAAUAAAUAAAUUUAAAACCUGCAAUUUCUCACUGGAAAGCAUGCCAUAUUGGGUUGCUCUGGACUGGAUUAAAGAAAGUGGUCCCCCUAAACCCUGCUUUCUGAUCUAGCAGUAUUAAUUCACAUAGAAAAUAGGAUCACAGAACCCUCACUUUUGCCCAGUCUGGGUCCUCCUGCAUUAGCUGUAGAAUCUUUUCUGUUCAAGGGUGUUCUGAUUCUUGCACAGGGGGGAACCACAGCUUUCAUUGAGGAUAGUAGUCCUAAAAUGCAGGGGAUUUAAAAAGAGCUCAGUGCAGGGAGCAAACCGGGAUUUUUCCUGGUGGGAAAUACCUGGACACUUUGGGCACUUUGCUCAGCUGAUAGUAAUGCCUUCAUCAGUAGAAUGGGGAGGGAAGCAUUUUGUUGUGAUCCCACCCCCCUCACCCUGCAUCUACUCUAGAUCUGCUAGAGAGUUGGGGGAUCCUCUAGGACAGAUUGAGGGGAACAUGGUGGUGGGCGGCUACAGAAGAGAGGAAAAUAACUGGAACUUGCUUCUCUCCUUGCUCUGCUGACAGAAACCUUACUAUCUGCUGAACAACACUGUGAUACAAACCUUUCUGUGCUGCCAGGGCCUCUGUUUAACUGCAGUUUCCAGCUUUCUCAGCACAAUAGUUAAUCCAGCUGUAAUGCCAAUAAAAUGAUGCACAGAAAGGGAAGGCAACCAACCCCCUUUCCACCCUCUGUAGAGGCAGUGAAAGUAAGAUUGAGUGUUGCUGAGUGGAAAGCUCUCCCUUUCCUUGAUAAAUCACUAGGGGGUGAAAGGAAGCCUUGAACUCCCUUUUAGUAUAUAAAUAUUAACUAUAGUUAAUCUUCAUUAUUAAAGUGUUAUACUGGCAUCCCACCAAGGGAUUGUGAGGGAAUAUUGUAUAUAACCCAUAUUUCAUUUUUAAAAAUCACAAUGUACUUAUAGGAAUAUAAGUAGGUGUGUUGAAUUGUGGCUGCAUCUUCAGGAUGUUCUUUAUCUUGCUGCUAUUACAUGUCUUGCAAACUGUAAUUUUUGAUGGUGUUUUUAGGGCAUUUAUCUUUACCACAGUACUGAAAGGAACAUCUUAAGCUAUGUUCCCCAGGCCAUCACUUCAUUUAAGGGGCCAGCUACACUGUUUCCUGUAGAAAUCAGACCUGGGCUCCUGAGCCUUGCUGGAUUAGGCCAAAGGCCCAUCAGUCCACUAUUCCGUUCUCACCACAUUCUGUUCUCACUGAUGCCUAUGAGGAGCCCACAAGCAGGAGACAGGCACAAAUGAUUAUCUCGCAAAAGGCCAGUCCUUUUCUUUAGCCAAGCUGGUACACUGGUCUCUGGUGGUGCCCUCCCAGCCCCCUGAACUUCCUUGCUUCAUUGUCUGCCCAGCCCUGCUUCCAUCACUGCCCACCAGCUGCUCCGACUCACCCAGCAAGGCUGUCCAUCACUCCCUCCACCUCCUGUCUGCCUCAUUUUAGGAAGGGCCAAGGGCAUACUUUCUCAGAGCAGGGCAUCCUGGAUAAUGUGGCUGGAAGUAUGCCUGUGUUGCAGUCAUGGUUUGCUGCAGCCGCUAUAAAUUUAGGGGAAUGGCUUAGGUUAUCAAAUAAUCUUUACUAUUUGCUAAAUUUAAGCAGUGUUUCUUACUGCUGAAGUAAACCAUCCUGCCCAGGAUUUUCCGCUCUGAGGAAGGACCAUCUUGGCUUUUUAAAGAGAAUGACAGGCAGGAAGGAGGUCACAGAGAGCCAGUGGCAUAUUGUGGGUUGCCAGUGCCCAGGGCAAGGCAGGUAUCCUUGGCACCACCCGCUGAUAGGCUGGAAUGAAGGGGUAGUAGCUUGGUGACCUACCUGAGUGCCAGCUGUAGUGCCCAAUGAGCGUUGAGCAUGCUAGAGAGUGAGAAGGGGGAUUGGUCGGGAGUGGGUGUAUUUCUAAAGUCCAUGUAGAGGGUGCCCUAGCAACCAGCUGUUACCCAAAUCCCUUCCUCAGUCUGCCCAUUCAAACACUGGGAGAUAUUCUGUGUGAUAGGGAGGGUGCACUAUUUAUUAUUUAUUAUUACUACAUUCUAUUUUUUUCCUUUGAAAUUUUGUGCCCCUAAUAAUUUUGCACCCUGGACAACUGUCCCUGUGGCCCCACCCAUGCUACACCACUGUAGAGAGAUCGCAUUCUUACACUGGUUUUGUAUGUUAAGCAAGGCUGAACAUUUAGUUUAUUAAUUGGUUAGAUUAAUUUAUUGAAAACCCCCUAUCAUCAACUAAAAAUGUGUCCUCAGGUAAUCAGGAAGAAGGUAUAACAAAAUAAAACCACACAUAAAUGAGAAAUCAAAGAGCGGUAGCUUUUUGUUUGUUGCUAUUUAAGAUUAGUCACUCUCUCUGUAGGCGAUAGCUAUUUAUGGGUAGAUGGUGACCUGGCUACAAGCCCACACUGGGAAGGAAUGUUUCAUUUUAUUCAAUGGCAAGCUGUUGGCAAGCCAAUGACAGUUCCAGCAGGCUUCUGAAUAAGUCCAAUAUUUAGAUCAGGUGGUGGUGGUGCAAAGUAUUGGGUUAAAAAUGAUAUUAGAUUGUUAGGGUUCUGGGUUAUUGGGUGAGAAAGAUAACAUCUAAUUAUAGCUAUGAAUUUAGCAUUAUUAUUAUUUUCUCAAAAAAGAAACACAUCAGGACAUAAAAACCUUCAUCUGGGGGUCAGUGCAUAUUAAGCCACAUUUAUUCUUGAUGAGGAGGCUAGGACACUAUUAUUAAUGGCAGUACUAAGAGUUGCAUUUAUCACUGCUGUGAGCAUAAUCCUUCCAAAGAUAUGCCUCUUAAUUAAUUACGGUAGGUGAGUUGGUUACAUAUUUUCAACUGAAACCAAUGAGACUUUCAGUUGCUUAGGUUUGGCUUGUGCAGAAGGUCACUUACGCAGAGGGGCUUUCACAACCAACCCCUACUGCACCCCUUGUGCCUGAGGUGCCACAUCCUUAAGACUGCAGUUCUGUGCACUCUAGUAGGUGCUGUUUGGAGUGUUUCUGAGGAGUAAUAAUAAUAAUAAUAAUAAUAACGACAACAAUAAAUACUUAUUGUGUUGUAUUUAUGUUAUAUUUAUUAAGAACCAGAUAUAAAGAAAUGCAAUAAUAAAAGGUGCACCUUCAGAGUAAUGUGUAUAUUAUGCUAAAGAUAAAUUAGUUUUCUCUUUUUCUAUUAUUAAACAUGUUAGUUCCUCCAAUAUACCUCCUUCUAUUGAUAAGCGAUUCUUUUUCUGAACUACCAAAUGCCAAUACUUUAAUGUUUAUACAUUUGCUCAGAAUUUCACACAAACUGGUAUAGCACAUAUUUUACAGGAGACUUACAGAAUUUAAUAUCUGCAUUUAUUUGAUUUACUGUAAAUGGUUGUUUAUUUCUGGAUCAUUCUUAAUAGGUUUUAUUGGUUUUGCUGGUUUUGUAACUGGAUUUGUAAUGGCUUUUAGUCAAAUACAAUAAAUAAAUAAAUGAUUAAUUGAUUGAUAUUUAUAAAUACCCAAGCUGUACACAAGUAGACAUACCGGUAUGUCUUUAAAAUGUCAACACAGUCAAAAUCUGCUUCUCAGAUCUCCAGGAGACAGUCAGCACCCAAAGAUGCUGUUAGCUUUUCCAGAGCUCAAAACACAGCAUUUUAACUCUAACUUCAGUCAGUGCUUACAUAAUCUCCACCAAGAGUAUGUGUGAGAGAAAGACAUGCUUUUCCUUUCCAGAAUAGUUCCUGGCUACUUUUUAGUUAUCUCCUAUCCAAGUGGUUUGACCACUUUAGUAGACUCUUUCCCAGACUCCAACCUUAUGAUAAUAAAAUCACUGAGUUGGAAGGGACCCUGAAGGUCAUUUAGUACAACCUCCAUCAGUACUAUUAAGGUAUCAAGAAAACAAUAUAAAUUUUAAAUAAGACAAAUAGGUCAUAAUGACCAGAUGGAUUAUUGGCAGAUUUACAUCAAACCUUUGAAUAAAUAGUUAUGCCUGUUUUGCUUAAUUAUAUCAGGCAGACUGGUAAGAUGCUUAGCACCUGAAACAAAGUAAAUAUAGUAUUGAUACCAAAACCUGAUGAAAUUCUAGAAUGAUCAGAAUCUUAAAGACCAAUAUCAUUGAUAAUGACAUAUUAUAAUGCUCUAAACUCUCUUUUGACAGCUAGAUCAAGGAGUAUUUUUUAAAAAUUAUGCUAGUACAGAAGACAAAAAUGGAUUAAUAAAGAGAAUAAACCACAGACUAAUGUCGUACAAAGUAUAAACUCUAAUAAGAAGCUCAUCGUACUGUACUUUUAGAUGCUGAAAAGGCUUCUGACAGGGUAGAAUGGGGUUUCUUAAAGCAAGUGUUGGUGAAGAACAGUAAUUGGAUAAAUAUAUACAGUGGAACGUGAUCUGUGCGGGAGGCACAUUUGCAACCCACAGCGUUCGCAACCUGUAGCGCCACAUCUGCGCAUGUGCGGGUUUCUGCACAUGUGUGAGUGCCGAAACCCGGAAGUAACCCGUUCUGGUACUUCCGGGUUCGGCGCGGUGCGCAAUCUGAAAACACAUAACCUGAAGCAUCUGUAACCCGAGGUACCACUGUAUAUGACAAACUAACCACCAUAAUUGCAGCAAAUGGCUGUUUAACCAACUUCAAAGAGAGAUUCAUAAGGGAACACUUUAUUACCUUUAUUUUAAAAUUCAACUAUUUCUUGCUUCCACCACUAGCAGUGACAGCAGCCUUCAUUUACUGUGCUCUCCCUUCCAACAUGCAAAAUCAGGAGUUGAAAGGGGGAGUGCAGGAAAGGGCUUGCAAUUCUCCCACUUUCUUUGGAGGUGCAAAGGAAAGCCCUUUACAAUCCUCCUCCUUCUCCUGUGUGCCACUGAUGAUGGAGGGGGCAAUGGAGAAGGCAGGAUUACAAAUAGUAUUCAAAGCCUCCCUCAGCUUCUUUCUAUUUCCUAUGUCCCAGUGUGUACCUUUUAACAUGUACACAUUGGGAAACGUUUGCUUAAGUAAUGAGAUAAUAUCAGAUCCUCAGGCUUCGAACCUAACUCAUCCUCUUAAAGCACGCUUACUGGUGAAACAUGGAUUCUAACUUGUGUUAAUGAAUACAGAAAUGCAAGCUCAUUAUUAUUUUGGAUUAAUACAGCGUACACUGGUGGCAUAAGAUAGUAUGUGCACUAGCAUAAACUUGCUUCAGUUCUGUAUUCAGUGCUGUUAAACCAUUGUAUUUGGACUGAUGAUUCUAUCACUAGGACAUUCUGUGCUACAGCAUUCCGGAUUUAGAUGUCUGCUAUAACUAUCUCUCCCACAGUGGGUCUAGGCACUAUUAUUAUAGAGAGAUGCUACCUGUCGAAGGCUUUGUUUUAAAGGGAACAGAAAUCGUGUUCUACCUGAGCUAUAAAUACAUCAUGUUUCUUUAGGGAUGCUUGGCAUUUGUUGAAGGAUGGAAGCCAGCGUGAGUAAACCUCUUGAGAAAGAAUGCAGGAUAUCAAUGAUAAAAAAGAAACAAAAAUUGGGUCAAAGUAGACAUGACAAUAAUUGUGUGACUGUGAUUAAUCUGGAAUAAUUAUUUUGUUAUGUUUCCCCUAGGAUUUUGUCCUAUAGGCAGGUCUUACGUUUCCCCAAACCUGCCCAUGUGCCAUUGAUCUUAAAUUGUUUAAGAUACUGUACUUAAAAGGAUGGAAAGUACUGUAUUGAUUGACAGCUUAUUUUUCUAGUGUAAUGUUAAUAAACUGACAGCCAAGCAUGUCUACUCAGAGGCCCCACUGUGCUCAACUGGACUUACUCCCAAGUAAGCAGGUGUAGGAUUGCAGCCUCGCGCGCUGCUUCUCUUGCAUUAUCCCUGUUCCUUCUCUUCACUUUCCUCAAAAUGUGAAAUCCUUGCGUCUAACAGAAAAAAUAUAUCUACUGGCAGCGCUGAGCAAAGCUGAGCAUAUGGGAGCUCAGCCAAAGUAACAGGGGAGCGCGGGUACAAAAGGCGAGGCAAAACGGCAGUGUGUGUGUGGGUGCCACUGACUCUGCCCAAGCUUAGGCUUCCUGGUAAUUAUGCAAUGAUACCUUUUAAUUCUAAAGGAUACCCCGAAUCUGGUAACAAAACACCGCACCCGAGCAUCAGGGCCGUCUCUGGUUGCAGAAUCGUCGGCGAUGGAAACAUGCCCUUGUGAUGCAUCCAUUGCAUUGGAGAGAUACGCGUUUGGUCCUGACUCGGGAGGGACAGAGGGAGCACGAAACUAAGGAAUGGGGGUUCCAGAUUCGACGGGGAGCCAUAGGCGCGUGGGCAAACUUUGCCUUGGCCCCCUUUCCCCUGAGAAUCGCACUCCCCUCUCCUCGCAACCGGCCCCUCCCUAGCCUCGGUUUCCCCACCGGCGCCUGUUCCUAAGCGCUAUGUGACAGCCGCCUCCCCCCCCCCCGUCCCCAUUCCUUUCACACACAUCGGGCUGCGUGAGCGGAGAGCUGAUAUUGCUGAGAGGCACCUUUCUCUCUUCCCCACCUCCCACCCCUUUCGCUUUCUUUCUCCUUCUUCGCCAGCGCCUCUCUCUCUCUCUUUCUUUCUCUCUCUCUGUCUCUUUCGCCCUUUCCUUUCGGACUUGCCUAUAUUUGGCGCGCCCGGAAACCGCCCGCCGGGGCUGCAUCUCUCUCCCUCUCCCUCUCUCUUUCUCUUUCCCGCCCUCCCCCUCCUGCGCGGCUUUUGUGAGUGACACCAGCUCACAUCGAGGAGGAGGAGGAGGAGGAGGAGGAGGAGGGGAAGGCAGGAAGAAAGAGCGCGCAGGGGGGCCGGCAGGAGCGCGAGUGAGCCGCCACGGAUUUUCCUCCGCGCGCAGAGCGAGAGGAGAACGAGAGGCUCAUCCGAACAGGUAAUUCCAGAGCAGCUGGCAAGGGGCGGGGAGGGGCGAAGCGAGCCAGGCGUCUGUUGGGAGGCGGGUUGCCCCCCUCUCCGUCGCAGGCAAGGGAUGGGCAGGGCAGAGGGGAGGGGAGCGGGGUUUUUGGGGGGAGGGAGGCGUGCAGGAGAUGCGGGGAAGGGGCUGGCUGGGCGUGAGAGAGACCCCCGCAGAGAGCGGCCUUGCCUGGUGGCUCUCGCCGCAGCCCCUCUGCUUGGGCGUGGGAGGCCAGAGGGGGCGGGAAUCGGGAGCGAGCUACUGAGGGGGAUUGAUUUGGCGCGCUCUCUCUCUCUCUCUCUCUCUCUCUCUCGUGUGUGUGUGUGUGUGUGUGUGUGUGUGUGUGUGUGGAAGGGCUAAUCUGGGUCACCGUCUCUCUCCCUCGUUUCCCUCCUCCCCCGCCCAUGGGGAGCCGUGGCCUGCAGCUUCGAGGGGCCCGGUCGACUCUAAGGGACCAACCUGGAGGUUUUGUCCCCCCCUCCAGGAUCGCAUCUAGGUGUGGGUGUGACUAGCGGCCGGCUCUUUAUUCAGGGCAAAACGCCACAGCUCUUAACUGUGUUGGCAAUGGGCACCUGGCAUGCCUCCCGGAGGGGGGGGCGGGGGGAGGAGGAUUGUUUCCCCAUCGUGGGCUUUGACCUGCGCUGGUUCUGCAGCUCUGGCCUUAGGGACGUGCCUGGUUUCUUGCGCGCUGCUGUGAUUUUGUUUCUAUAGCCACCCACAGCAGAGGGGAGAGAAAACGCGUGGGCUUCUGUUAGCCUUUGAGGCGUUGGGCUUCGCCUUUUGGACACCCGGGGUUGGUGCAGGGUGGCAACUGGCAGCGGAAUUGCUAGGUUUGUGACCGAUGCGUGCCUGCCUGCGUGUCUUAUUUCACGCCUUUUAAGGCAACCACCUGGCUGUUUGCAGUGCUUAGGUUUCUGUUAAGGGAUGCUCGUAAUGGUUCACUUUGCCUAAUUCUGUUUAGGGAACAACACUGGACUCUCAAUAAGCUGUGAAUCAUCUAGGGCACAGGGUGGCAAUGGGGCACUUGUGGGCGUGGCAGAUUCCCUGCAAGGUGUCAUCUUUCACUUCUCCCCUGCUGAAAGAAAACCUCUUUUAAUCACUGGAUGGCUGCCCCCCCCCAAGCCUGUGGGUGAUGAUUUGGGGAAGAUUACAGCUGGGUGUUUUAAGGAAAAUAUAUAUGAUUUUCUGUGGAGUGUCCAGAAUAAUCCCAAGAGUGCAAAUAUAGAUAAUUUUUUUAAUGUAAUUUUAUGAGCUGCAGGGAUUGUUUGCAGGAAUAGGAUAGUGAGUCAGGUUCAUUUGUUAGCAGAUUAGAUUCAGUUUUGGAGAAAGGAUUUCUGUAGUGACUUCUAUUAACAUGACAGUAUAUUACAGGAAAGCCUUUGUUAGAGGAAAAACAAAACACAGUUAUAAAUAAAGCUUUGUUUAAGUCACCACAAGAAAUAGCAGGAGUGCUAGGUGAUGUGAUUCAUUUUUCUAUUAAAUUACAAGAAUUUAUUUAUUGUACCUGCAUCCAUUUUUUUCUCCCUAAUAUAAAGCCAAUCAUCCACAUUGUGGAGAACACUGGAUUAAUUCAGCUCCUUAUAAAACUGCUUAAUAUCACAUAUAACCACAUGGACUUCGCUUGCAAACACGUUUUUUAAUCAAUAAAGGGAAACUAAAUUAAAUUGUACUUUUAAAUAUUUGCUUCAGAACUUUAAAGUAAAGAUUUAAUAGACUAGGGUAGUAUAUACUUUUGAAAUGUAUGUAAGUUUUUUCCCUAUAGAAGUAAACAAAAUAAAGUUAGUUCCAAUGUCCAUAGAAUGGUCAUCAGAGGACUUGUGGUUCAUUCACUCCUUCCUUGAGUGCUUCUCUAAAGGAUGUGUUGUCAAUGCUGGCACAUGAAUAAAAGAUGUUCUCUUAAUUAAAUAAAAAUGAAAAGGGGCUGUGCAUUAUUCACUACUGCACUAAGGCUAAUGCAUCACUGGCCUUGGGUGUCUAGCGUGGACCGUGGUUCUAGCAGCAGUGAAAGGAUAUACCUAAGGGACAACACCAUUCCAUAUAUAUUAUAUAUGGCCAAUUGGAGUAGUCUUAGUUGUUUGCUGGUUCAAAUCAAGCUUUUGUAAUAGAGCAUAACGGAAGAUUCAAAGCCCUGAAGGUGUGGUGCCAUUUGGAAAAUGUGAAUGAUAGGAGCGGAUUAGUUAAUAUAAGAACAUAAUAAUAGGCCAGCUGCAUCAGACCAAAGACAUUAUUAUUAUUAUUAUUGUUAUUAUUAUUAUUAUUUUAUUUAUACCAUGCCCACUCUGGGUGGCUUACAGCAUAUCUAAUCCUGUUCACACAGUGGCUAGCCAAGUGCCUCUGAGAAGCCCUCAAGGAGGUCCUGAGCUCAAAAGUACUUCUGUCAUGAUCCCCAGCAACUGAGGUGCAUGCCCUUGACACUUGACCAUUGCCAUCAUGACUAGUAGCCAUUGACAGCCUUGGCCUCUGUGAUUUUGUCUUAAUUCCCUUUUAAAGCUUUCCAGGCUUUUCCAUCACUACAUCUUGUGGUAGCAACUUCCACAGCUCACCUGUGCACUGAGUGAGGAAUCGCUUCCUUUUACCUGUCCAGAAUUCCCCAGCACUUACCUUCAUUGAAUGACCCUGCGUUCUAGUAUAAUGAGGGAGAGGGAAGGAAAUGGUCUGUUUUUACAUACGGUGCAUAAUUUUCUGUACUUCUGUCGUGUUCCCCCUUUCUCAUCUUUUCUUUCAUAAACUACAAAGUCUCAAGGUUUGUAACCUUAGCUCAUAGGGGAGUUGCAUCACUCUGGCGGCCUUUUUCUUCACCUUCUCCAUCUGCAACAGCCUUUCUGAAGUGCAAUGACCAGAACCGCCCACAGUAUUCUGAGUCUGGAUGCACCAUAGAUUGGUGCAAAGGUAUCAUUAGUUUGGAAUGGAUAAGAAGCUGAAGUGGGGAAGCCUUGACAUGAUGGCAGAAUUGACAAACACAGGCAAUGAGCAUUUGCUGUAGUUCGUUCGUGGGAAGGUUAGAUGACCAUAGGUCAAAGCAAGUGUUAUCUUUCACUUUCCAAGGCAUUUCACCCAUUGCAUUCCUUUUCUCAAAAAGUCUGAGGGAAAUGGGUUAUGUAAAACCUCCCAAUCAACUAAAAUAAUAAUAAUAAUAAUAAUAAUAAUAAUAAUAAUAAUACUUUUAUUAUUUAUAUCCCACCCAUCUGGCUGGGUUUCCCCAGCUACUCUGGGCGGCUCCCAGCAGAACACAAAAAUCAGAAUAAAACUACAAAUAUUAAAAACUUCCCUAAACAGGGCUGCCUUCAGAUGUCUUCUAAAAGUCAGAUAGUUGUUUAUUUCCUUGACAUCAGAUGGGAGGGCGUUCUACAGGGCGGGUGCUACUACUGAGAAGGCCCUCUGUCUGGUUCCCUGUAACCUCACUUCUCACAGUGAGGGAAGCGCCAGAAGGCCCUCGGCGCUGGACCUCAGUGUCCGGGCAGAACAAUGAGGGUGGAGAUGCUCCUUCAGGUAUACAGGACUGAGGUCAUUUAGGGCUUUAAAGGUCAGCACCAACACUUGGAAUUGUGCUUGGAAACAUACUAGGAGCCAGUAUAGGUCUUUAAGAACCAGUGUAAUAUAGUCUUGGUGAUUGAAUCCCUCCUGAAAAUACUGGCAGUCUGCAAGUGCCCACUAUGGCUUCCUUUGCUGCUCUUUGGAAUAUUCUUCAUUCUUUUGCAAUAGACUCUUGGAACAUAGGAUGCUUUGGUUCUCUUCCUGAAUGUACAGCUGACUCAGUUCAAGGCCAUUGGCAACUUGCUUAUCGUUUAUUUCCUUAUGUAUACAAUUAAUUAUACUGAGGUAAUUAUUUUGAGUGCCUCUUCUAUUGACACACAGUUUAAUUGAGAUCUGACUACUUUCCCCCCAACCUGAUUUGUCACUAUUGUUUACUUCAUGCUGAGCAAAAUGUAGCCAUCCCACUUUCCUUGUAAAUAGUAGUGAGUGUGGAGGUUGCUGGAUUUGAACAGGAUGUUUUAGUCUGUUUCUCUUCAAGGAGAAAGAUGCAGUUACCAUGAAAUGUACUCUGCCUCUUUACACUAGUUGUUCUGGGAUUCUGGAAUAACUUGUUGGAUUGUCCAGCAAUAUCGAAUGAACUGUGAAAUCUACAGGACUAGGGACAAGUAAUUGUGGUAGUCCUAGAAGUAAUGUAAGAUGUAUAUGUAGAAGAUAAAUAUCAUUAUUUGGUGGCAAAUUGUGUACCGUAUAUAUAGGAGAGGUGUCUCAAUGCUUGUAAGAAGCAGUUUUAAGCUGGAACAGGUGUUCUGCUGAUGUUUUUAGACAAAAGAUCAUUAGCCAGUUUUUCCAUAUAGGAUGACAAAUAAUUAUAAUAAUUAAUCAUUGCUGGAAUACUAUUCAAAAUCUUUUUAAAAAUUCUUAAUUGUCUUCAAUUCAAUUAGAUUUUCAAAUGGACAUUAGAUUUACCAGUCCUUCUUCUUUGAUCUGGUCACUUAAGUUUAGUAUCCAUGGUAUAACAUAUACAUGUAUAUGUUCCCAUUAUUAGAGUUCAGCAGGGCAAUUUGCUUGCUUCCAGUAAUUGGACUAGUGGCAUGUAAUUAAAUGGAUUACAAGCCUUUCAGAAUGCUUAAUUACAAGAAAAGGUUUGAGCUUAAUGCAUGGGAGGGAAAGGGUACUCUAAAUUCUGCAUGACCAUUGGUGGGGAAGAUACUUAAAAUGUUACACUUCGUUGGUUGCAAAGAGAAAAUAAAGCAGCAUUAUACAUCAGGUGCAUGGACUAGCAAAGUUGGUUGCCUUGGAAACUUUAAGUCAAUCAUUCUAACAGAGACUGACAAUCUGGUUGCUACAGUAUGAGAAGUUAUUAUUCCUAAGUGUAAAAAAGCAAGCACUUCCAUAUGAAUGCAUUUACAAGGGAUUGCUGUUCAAAAACAGAAGUGCCCAUCACCUGUGGCAAACCACGUGGUUUGCAGUGUGUGGGCGCGCUCAUGCAUGCAUGGGUGGAUGGAGAUUUCCAUUUAGUGGCUGUUCAUUCACAAAGACUAAUGGGACUAGCAAGAAAAUUAAAACAACUCCUGUCACUCUAAAACAGCGAUGACAGGGUUGGUUACCUUUAACAGACCUGGACUUCCUGUUUCCCUGCUAUUGUUGCUGAUGGGGCAUCCCUUGGAAGCACUGUUUCAGCGAGUCAGUACUGUAGAAAAAUUGUGCACUCUUGAAAAUAAGAGAGUUGGAAAAGAGUUUUUAAAAAUACAAUUGAUUUGAAUUUAAUUUGAUUCCUAAGAUAACUAUGCACUAUGGGCCACAGUGCCUCAACUCUCCCAUUUCUGGUUUAAAGAUUAAUCCAGCACCAUGAACAAAAAGGAGAAAAAAUAUGGGAGCAUCCUUCCUAAACAGAGAUGGAAGAGUAACCAUAGCCAGCAUGCAGCCAGGUCAGGGGCAGAAGUGCUGCUCCAUUUUCUGAGCAGAAGACCCUCUGGUGGGAUGGCAUAUAUUCCACUGGGGGUCCUUGGUACACUCAUGGAAAACACUCUGGGCAUAAAUAUCCUGGUGAAGGUGUUCUGCCAGUGGCAGAUCCUAAAAUGUGGCAUUUGGGGUGUGUGCACGUUGUGGGAGUCCAUGGAUCCAGAGGAUGCUGAGACUCUUCCUUCCCCCUACCCACACAACCCUUGAAACUACAUCAGCCCUAGAAAUGGCAUAACUCAUUUUCUUCCAUUGCAGUUAAUGGGUGGAGGGGUGGAAAGGAGUAAAGAAGAAGCAACUACCUUCCUCCCUGACUGCAGUUACUUGGCCAGGUUUUGGACGUGGCGGUUGCUCUGCUAUGGGUUCUCCCCACAUACACUCUCACAAUAGCAUUUCCCUGUUAAUGUGUUUAGGGUGGCAGCCUUAGGGCUUAAUUCUUGCUGUGCCACUUAUUCAGCUGAAAAGACUUAAGGGCUGUAUCCAACUAACCCAUUGCACUAGUGGAAGCCUGUACAAGGAUUCCUACUAUUGCAAUGGGACUCCCCCCCCCACUCCCCAAACCUGCUCUGGAGGAGGGAGGGGGGGAAUGUUAGGUAAGCAGAACUGAUUGCACUGGACUGAUGGAACAAUAUACUUAGUGCUAUGAUGACAUCUCAGUAUGAUUGUCUUAUUUUGUAAAAAAAAAAUUUUUAAAGUAAGAGUUCUAGUAUUGCAUAUUUGACGAUGCUUAGAGACUUACAUGUCUAGGUGGGAUGCUUCACUUAGUAGGCUAAAGUGUUCACCACCUUACAUUAAAAAUGUGAAAUGCGUGAAACUUGUGAAAUAAGUUACAGAGGUUAUAGUACUUGGUCAAGGCAGGAUAUUUGACUUGUUUCUAUGUUAUAUACGAGAAAUCAAAUGUUAACUGUUGAAAUCCUUUUUUAAAAAAAGCAACAACAGCCAAAUAUAUUUGUAACAUGAUAUAAAAAAAAACACAGAAGCCUUGAUGAUAGUACCUGUUAACUGUAUGAAGGAGAUACAGUUCUCUGAAAUUCACACAUGAAAUGAAACAACUAAUAUAAUUUGUGUCUUUGUUUAGCUUUUCCAGGAUGGCAGAAAUGGCUUUGAUUGAGAGGUUGGAGAAUGCUGUGGUUAGGCUUGAAUCUCUGCUAUCAGAUUCACACAGGCUUGCGGGGAUGGAAUGUGGAACUGUCAAUGGCGUCAAUGGAGGUAUGGUUCCGUCUUUCAAGAAGCCGUAUUCAUAAUUUUGAAUGUUAGGAACUGAACUACUAAAUGCCAUGUGCUGGUAGCAUUUGUUCUAAAAGAAGCUGGAUGAUUCCCAGCCGCCCCCACCCAGCUCUUAAAUUAGCAGUAAGGGAUAUUUUGUGGGCUCAGACAGAAAAUGGCCGAUGUCAGCUUUAAUUAUAAUUAUAAUUUAAUGGACCACGGAAAAGAUUUUUCUAUUAAAUGUGUUGUCGAUGGAUUGAAUUUAGCAGUGUCCCUUGUACUAACAGAAGGCUCUUUGAGUUAGCAGAGACAUCCAUCAGUGGAAUAGAAAGGCAGGCAAUUUUUGAUGGUAGCCUCUCCUCCAGUGGUCUCCAGGCAGCUCCAAAAUCAUCUUCAGGGGGGAACCCAUUGGAUCACCAUGGGGACUGUAGGACGGGAGAGGGAAUUGUGAAAACUGGCCUCCCCAGUCCAUUGACAGAAGUCUCCACUAGAUCAAAGAGUGUUCUGUCAGCAUGAGGUACACCAUUCGAUACAACCCAGUGUUUCAAGUGUCUAUUGAUCUUUCAGUGUUACUGUUUCGAUUGUUGUUUUUUUUAUAAUGAAUAACUGCUGAAUCAGAUAGAAAUUAGCAGAAGAGAUACUGGUUCUGUUUUCUAACUUCCUGAGAUUUGUUCUGUACAGUGUGUUCUGUAUGUGUUUAAUGUUGCAUACAAAUGUAAGCCUCAUUAUUAUUUACUUUUAUUUGUUUUGCUUAUUCUGACUUAUCACAGCAAUACAUUGGUUCAAAAGUUAUUAUAACUAUUUCCACAUGCAUUGAUAUGAUGCUGUAAGCCAUAUUUUAGUGCAAUUUUCACAGCAUUCAUUCAUUUGCCUUAUCAUAACAGUUUGUGAAUGCACAGAUGAAUGUAUCAAAAUGUCUUUGUUCACUUCUUAAAGGGGAGAUGCAAGAAAUAACCUGGAAGUAACCCUGGGCUUAGAGCCAGGCCUGAGAGCUUUAGCAUUUCCUAACACACCUCCUGCUCUGACUGUUACCCAUGCAGCUCCCCUGAAAUUGCACAAGUCACAGUCUCACUGCUGCAAUCCAGCACUCCUACCUCUCAAAGCCAAACUAGAUCUAUUAGCAUAUGUUUAUUUAACACACAGCCUUUAAAUAAUGCACUGGCAUCAUUACAUGCACAUAGCUGGAGGGGUUGAUCAUUACUAGAAUCACAGCAGGCAUGGAGUGGUAGAAUUUAACCUUUUCCUUCCCUGUUCCCAUCCUGAGGCAAAUCUCUUAUGAAGCCAGAAUUUGGUGGGUAGGGGAUUCUCCACUGGAACUGUGUUGUUUUUAACCCACCAGUACCACAAACUUGUGGAGGUUUGGGUAUCUUCAUAUUCUACCAGGCAUCUCUAAAUGUCAAGGAUCUGGCUUACCAAUCUUUCCCCAAAAUGUAUUAAAAUUCUACCUUAGUCCAAGUAUGUAAAUUCAAUAAUAAUAAUAAUAAUAAUAAUAAUAAUAAUAAAUUAGCUGUACAAAAGUACAUUUCUUCUUCAGUCACGCUACCCAAAAAAGGAAGAAGAGAUGGAAAUGAAAUUAUAACAAAAAUAAGGAGAUGACUGAGAUGAUAGGGAAACUGGAACCAGUGAAGAACAGAAUGCAAACAAGAAGAGGCAUGAAAAGUCAAAGAGGAAAAGGAGUUCUUCUCAGCAAGUAAAAGGAAAAACAGAAGAAAAGAAAGCAUAAGUCUACACAGUAUAGUGACUGUAGUAAUUUAGAGAAAUUUCUUCACAAGAAGCAUUGAGAUGGGAGUUUAGAGAUAAUCCUGGGAAAAGGGGGUGAGGGGGUAGAGCCUGACCAGCUGAAGAACCUUCAGUGGAAAACUUGUUGUAACUGAUAAUUAAUAAAACCACCUGGUUAACCCCUUUCUCAAGAUAUUGAGCCUAAGCUUAUUACAUGUAGUGCAUUCAGGCAUCCAACAUGCUGGACAUGUGUCAAAGACACUCAACUGUGCUGAAGUAGAAGUAGGAAUUAAUGACAGAAAAAUGUCAAAGAAGCAAAAGAACAAAGAGGAGAAUAAAAAGUGGCAGAAUCUGUUAAGAGGAGAAAGCAAAGAGGAGGAAAGAGAAUGCGAUCAGCAGCGAGAAAGAAGGUCAAGAAGGAGAAAUGUUUAUGACAUUUUUGGAACUGCUCAGUAUCCUUGUUUUCUGUGACCUUGCCUCAUAUAAGUGUGGUCAUUUUUCACAAACCGGCAUACAACUCCAACCACCAAAUUAUCCUCUUUGGUUUACCUCAUUCUGUUUCCCAAGGAUUUGAUGAAAUACAGCAUCUUCCCUCUCUUACUUGAGUUAAAACUGGAUUUAAUUACAGAACCACAGAGUGGUUUAUUAGAAUCUAAAACAUGCUGUCAUAAAUCAAGAAGUUAAUCCUGAAAGUGGGAAGCAGAGUUGGUAGCUACCAUUUGAACUCACCGUGAAGCCUUGCACUUGAUUUAAAAGAAAGUAACAAAACACACACAAAAUGGAAAUUGUUUUGUUCAACAUGAAAUACCUAUAGAGGAGGAGGAUGCAAGGAAAGGCUAUGCGAGAACAUGCAUUUGUCAGAUGGAUGGAAGCCCAGAAAUUCUUUAAGCUUAAAGGUGGGAGAGAGAAAAGAAUGAUACAAAACAGACAGCCUAUUCACAGGUAAUAUUGAGAGUCUGCAAGUGAAAAUAAUGGGAAGUCAUUGGUUAUUAUCAUUUGUGUUUUUAUAUUGUAAGCCACCCUGUGAUCGUCAGAUGAAAAUAAUAAUAAUAAUUGGCAUCCUAUUUUCUUUUAAAAUGUGUUGGGGGUUGUUGGGUUGUUGUUGUUUUUAUUUUGCUUGUGUAUUUUGCGGUUUUAUAUUCUGAUUUUAUUCUGUGAACCGCCCUAUGACCUGCAGAUAUAGGGUGGUAUAUAAAUUUAAACAAACAAACAAAUAAACAUUUUACCCUCUCAAAAUACUUUCUGUUUUACACUGGAUCACACAUGUUAGCAUUCAAAUACAGUUCACUCAAGACAGUACUCAUGGGUAUUAAUCUAAGACUCCAUUAUGAGAAAAGCCCAGAAGGACACCUGCCUAAUUGUUUGUUUGUUUGUUUGUUUAGUACUUUUGUACCCUGCUCUUCACAGCCAAAGAGACUCCCACAGUAGCUUACAUACAGUCAGUUAAAACAAGACAGGCCCUGCCUACAGACUUACUAUCUUAAAAAUGACACACAAUGGAAAGGGGCCAUGGGGGGGGGGAGGAAUAAAGCAAACUCAGGGUGCCGGUUCUUAAAUAGUAGCUCUUAUAAUCAUCAGCUGACACAGAAACAGUUCAGGGGCAAAAGGCCCAAGUAGUUGAUCUUUCCUAAUGUGCAUCUGUAUUGGAAUUGUUUUAAAUACGUUUUUAUUUUAUUUUUCUUGCUUUCUGUUCUCCACCCUAAGCUCCUUUGGGAGGAAGGGCAGGAAAUAAAGUUAAUACAUAAAUAAAUUUGAUAAAGUGAAUGACUAAAUAAAUAAAUGCCACAGGCCAGCACUCAAAUCACAUUCUGCUGUUUCGGUUUCUGAUGUAGAAAUGCUUCUAUGAAACAUCUUCCAGUCGUGUUGCAUUUUAAUCUUAGAUGUAAAAGCAUUCAAAAUGUAUGAACCUUCUCAGCCAGAUCUAGUGAAGUUCUGUUCUCCUGCAGAUGUAGCACCCUAUGUCGAAGCCUUUGAUAGGAUCAUAAAGGGGAGUGUAGCUGAGUUUCUAAGAAAUAGCAAGAUCCUUGAUGGUGAUGUGAAGACACAUGUAAGUAUUUCUCUUUUUACCAUCUGAUUGUAUACGGCAACUGUGAUUUUCUAAAAAUAAAUACAGGUCUGGCUCCAUAAGCAAAUUGUAGUGUUUAUUGUUUAUACAUUUAUUCCUAUGGCAAUGGCUGAGCCCAAAAUCUUACUAUUUCUCUCACACUGCUAAUAGCUGUCAGAAACAUAGGGCUGUAGCCAAUGCUAGUAGAUCCACUGAAGCAUAACUAACUUAGGCACAUUAAUUUAAAUGAGUCUAGUCUUCCGUAGUUUGAUGCAACCCUUAUUCUUAUCAUUGAACAUACAUUUAGAACCAAAAGGUUGUUUGGACUUAAGAUCUUCUUUUUUAAAAAGUAGCUUGGGAUCAUUGUUUUGCUAAGUCAGAAGUAUAGUCCACAUUUGUUUGUUUAAAAAAAAUACUAUAAUAUAAAAAACACAUGAAUAAAAGUUCACAAUGUAGGAAUAAACCAUAGGUAAGAAUGUAAGGGACGUGGGUGGCGCUGUGAUCUAAACCACAGAGCCUAGGGCUUGCCGAUCAGAAGGUCGGCAGUUCGAAUCCCUGCAACGGCAAGAGCUCCGUUGUUUGGUCUCAGCUCCUGCCCACCUAGCAGUUCGAAAGCACGUCAAAGUGCAAGUAGAUAAAUAGGUACUGCUCCGGAGGGAAGGUAAACGGCGUUUCCGUGCGCUGCUCUGGUUCGCCAGAAGCGGCUUAGUAAUGCUGGCCACAUGACCCGGAAGCUGUCUAUGGACAAACGGCGGCUCCCUCGGCCUAUAGAGCGAGAUGAGCAGGCAACCCCAGAGUCGUCCGCGACUGGACCUAACGGUCAUGGGUACCUUUACCUUUUAGGAAUGUAUUAUUAUAGAAAAUGACAAAAAUAGAGAACUUGGCUGAACAAUGCAUAUCACAAAGUUAGAGGUUAGGGUUGAAGUAAGUUGGAGCUGCACUCCUGUUCAUUGUUCAGUUCAGCAAGCCAUGCUGCUCUGACUCUUACAUAUCAGAAACUCAUGGGGUCGAGGGAAACCAGUAGCUUCAGCACCAUGGAUAGCACCAUGAUUGGCAGCUAUGGGCUCUUCCUCACUUUGUCUGAGUCCAAGCAGUUUUCUGCUUGUAUCGUUCUUUCUAGGCACAGAUCUGAGGUGUUUUGUGUUUGUCCCACAGCUUUCCCCUGGAAAACACACCCUUUACCCCUGAAUCGGAACAUCCAGCAAUCUGUGAACAACCCGAUUGUUGUCUGGUCCAAUUUAGUGGUUGCAGGUGAACUGAGGCCUUAUGAGUCUGUUCCUUAGACCCCCCUCUCGUAAGCUCCACCCCACCCCCAGUCUGAAGACUCUGGUUUCCAAAGGAUGAAACCCCUAGCCUGAAAAUAUGAGCACUUCUUUGUCUUUCUGUGACCUCUCAUCUGGCUUGCUCACUGAUACCUUCUCCUUCUGCUACUGUUUUUGCUACUUAAAUAUUCAGCCUCACACCCAAAUGUCAGACAUACAGGGAAUGAUAAAACAUUAAUAACUUUAUUUAUAAUGUCUAUAUACCACUAAAUGUAUGUAUAUACACACACACACAUCUCUAAGAGGUUUACUUAAAAUAUAAGCAGAAACCAUGCUGUACCUUUCACAUCUCCUUGAUUGUGGGCAUUCCCAUAGAUCAUGAGAGUACUGAGGUGUGCUGAAUUUGAAAUAAGUAUAGCAUGGGAGAAGGAUAUGCAUUUCUCUAGAAUCUCUUAAAUAUGUAGUGCAGAAGCAGCCAAUGUGAUGCCCUGCAGAUAUUGUUAGACUCCGACUUGCAGCAAACAUCACAAUGGUACCAUAUUGGCAAACCCUGCUGAGCUUACUGAAAAUGGUGCACUGUAGCUCAUUUAGCAUCCUCGACAUUCUUGUUCCAUUGCAAGAGAAGAGAAACACGGUUCUCUCUCUCUCUCUCUCUCUCUCUCUCUCUCUCUCUCUCUCACACACACACACACACACACACAAACUUACUUGUCAUAAGUCAUAGGCAAGUUUGGGGAGGAAAUUGGAUGCCCUGUGCUCACUAAGUGGGUUGAUUCUUUAUCAUUAUUUUUGGGGGGAGAACAGAAAUGAGAAUCUCAAACAUAAUGGAUCAGAUUUGUUUGUCAAUAACAUAAUUGAGGCACAUCUGAAAUGAUAAAUAGUCCUCUUGAUUUCAGUAACUACAGUAAAGCCUGUGCUCCCAUAAAGACUUAUUGUUUAUUGCCACUCUAUCUUAUUUCCAGAAUAUGGCGUAAUGUUACUGAUGCUUUGUUUUAUCUAUAAGUAAAGGGCACAAUUCAGUCAGUCAAUGUUAGUCACUUCUGCCCAGUGGAUUGUAUAUGCUUCAUGACAUUUCCCAUCUCUGUGUGAUGAAUGGGGAAAUAGCCUUGUUACAUAGAAGGUUAUAAACUACAAGGCAAAUCCAAGUCCCACUUGAAUUUGUUUUGUCCCCCCCCCCCCAGUAGAUGUGCACUGUCUAUGGCAAGGGCACAAAACUAAAGAAAACAAAAUUUUAAAAAAUGAAAAGGAUGACGAAACCGCAGGCCUGUGCAAGGAGGGGUAUUUUCUUCCUGGUGUUUGGAAUAUUUUUUUGUAGGUUUAAAUGUAGGUGCAGCAGGGAAGUAAUGAACCCUUAAUUGUGAUUAUUUUAAUCACAAUAUUAACAAAACUACCUUAAAGUAUGCAUAGUGAUUCUUGACUGGCAGAAAGAUAGAGAGAUGUGUCAUGGGUCACAAAGUAUACUACGGACACUGGCUGGUUGGUUCUUGAGACCCUCUGCCCUUUAAGGGGAACUGCUUUGAAAUGGAGUUUUAUGAGUCAGUUGUUGAAACAGCAGUGCCAUUCCCAUUGGAAGAAGGCAGUUGCAUCAUGUGACCAAACUGAAAACCACAAAGAAAAUACUUGAGUAUUCUAUAUAGGUACUCAUGCACUGAGGUGUUGGAGGUCUCAGGGAAGGGGUAGAACCUCGGCUGAGGGACACAUCAUGCUCCUUCCUCGCCUCAGCUGAGCAGCUUAAUGAGCCAUCCCCAUUGUUUCUUGAGACGGACAGAUGCCAACAGUUCAUGCACUGGGCCCCCGAGUGGAUUUCAGAGAAAUGAAAGGUUGCAAUAUUUCCUCACCCAACAGGAGUGCUGCCGUUCAGCAAUCCAGUUAUAUCCAGCAACCCAGGAUACUAUAAGUCGCAAGGGACUUAAGCAGGUCAUUCCUUGCCUUUCAUGGUUUUUUGCAUGCCCCUAGCAACUGAUCCUCAACAUUCUGUGUCCUUCAAGGUCACAGAGCAUGCUGAGUCCUUCCUCAUCUGGCUGUUCUUUUUUUGUGGGUUUUGUCUCCUAUGGAGGUUCGUAUUUGUGCCUACUUCAAGGAUCACCAGAACAGCUGCUCCCUCUUGGUUGCUUUUGGCUCGCCCUGUUUUGGCUUCAAUCUUGUCAACACUCAGCUACCUGAGUUUGCUGUUAGUGGGAACAAUAAUAAUUUACAGUCAUGUUUAUUGUACAAAGCGUAGACUUCUGUUUGUGCUUUUCAUCAGGAAGACCCGGGUUCAAAUUCCCACUCCGCCAUAAAGCAAGCUAGCAUUUCUCAGCCUUGCCUACUUUACUAGAGGGGCUGUGAGAAUACAUUAGGGAGGGGAAGAAGCAUGUGUGCCACUGUGAGCUCCUUGAAGGAAAGGCAGGAUUAAAAGAUGAUAAUAAAAUAAUGUGUAAGUUAAGAAAUAAACAGUUAACUGAUAUGAAUCUUGAAAUAGAGAUCUUUUCCAUUUCAACUCCCCCAGCAUGCAUUCUGAUGCCAGCAUCUGUGAUGGAUCUUACUUCCUCCCACGCUUCUGUAAAGGUUAUAUUGGAGAAAAAGUUACUGCAAAGCAGGCAGUCCCUCAACACACUGGGUAAUGUAGGUAGCAUUAGAUCUGCUCUACACAGGCAGAAUAAUGAGGUGGUAGGAGCCAGAGAUGGUAGGCUGUGCUGCAGCCAUUCAGGCAACAGGUGGGGAAUGCUAUUUGUUAGUGCUCUUGCAUGGGGGGGGGGAAUCAUCCUCAGUUAAAAGAAAUAAAAACAACCUAGCAUCCCAGAAAGAUUCUAAAGUUUGAUCGCUGACCUUUGUUGGUUAGCCACUGACACAUUGCCAAAAAAGGAAUUAAAACAUACAGAAUUUGUUUACACUGAUGUAAAUGCACAGUUGUAAAUUUAGAAAUAACCAGUGCUUUUUCCAGAAAAAAAGGGGCCAGAAUGCACAUCCCUCAGAAGACAUACCCCAGAGCCCAAAGAGGAUAUAUUUGGUUGGAGAAGGGAUCUCCUCACCAGCCAGAGGCUUGUUGAGGCUGCUCAAAUGAGACAAGAGGAGGCCUCAGCUGAGCAGCUGAACGAGACACCCCCUGCGCCUUUUCGGCUUGUGUGAGCCAGAGCUGGUUUUCCAGAACUCACAGCCAAGAUGAUCUCUGGCCUCUUCACAGCCUCAGCUUUUGUAGUUGGAGUCAGUCAGGGUCCCACCCUCCCAGGCCAGGCAGGGAAAGGCCUAUAGAGCAGGGAGCAGGUCCUUCAGGAUUUACAGCCAAGAUGGAAACAGCAUCCUGGGGCUUAGGGCUUGUGGAGGAAAGAAGCAGCAGAAAAAGUGAGGUUUCUCUCCAUACCACACUGACAUUCAAGGACCUACAAUGUUUCUCUCCCCACCCCCAGUACAAAGAAUGGAUUUACACAUCUCACAGGUAGGGUGUGAUCCAUUAUCAACCCUACACAGGUACUAUUUAUAUAUGAUGAAAAGUCUUUCUCCAUGAUGACUGAAAACAAGUAUAUCUUUUUUCAGAUUAUUAGGCUGUUAUUGUUAUUAUUUAUUAAAUUUAUAGUUGCAUCUAUUAUGUGGUUACAGCACAUCUCAUGUUGACAUGUUGACUGGGAGGGAACUUUAUUCAGAAACAGUAUAUCUGUGUUUCCAGAGAUAGUGUGAAUCCACUUGCAAUAUAAAGCUUCCCUCAGGAAAUUGUGAGAACUGCUGCAGAUUUAAAGUUGAACUAUAAUGAAUGGCUUGCUAUUGUUAUAAUUUCAAUACAAAUUUAGCCACUGGAGAAUGCAGUUUUUCUUACAUUUAUUCUAGUAUCCUCAUUAUUGUAUAGGCAUAGUUGACAUUCUGUAAAAUAGAAAUAGGUUUAUGAUAUCCGGAUUUGUUUUUUUGUUUUUUUUUAAAUGAUAUUUAUUAAGAAUUUUAAAAUUACAGGAAAAACAGAGAGAAAAAGAAGGGGGGGAAAGAAAAAAAGAAAAACAAACAAAAGAAAAACAAACCACAAUCAAACAAUACAAAUUGGUAAAAAUCAAAAUCAAAAAACAACAACAAAACACGUAACACAUCACAAUCAGAAAGCAAAAAUAAGCCACAAAAAUUUAAAAACAAAUCCAAUAUUCCCAAAUCCUUAACUGUCAUUGCCUUAUUUCAUCGACCUCCUCACUCCUCCCCUUUUUUGUAUUCUAGUUGUUAAUUAUCACAGCAAAUGCUUUCCAUUUUUCAUAAUAUUCUGUCAUUAAAUUACCUUAAUCUAUUUUAACCUUAUCUUACUAUAAAAGACCCUAAAACUUAGAUCUUAUUUAUACCAAUUUCUCAUAACCAUAACAUAUUCUUACAUAAUUCUUUUAACAUUUCUGCUAAAGCCAAAUAAUUUCGUUCCAACAUUUUUCUAACAUUCAUCAAUUUUUUAAAACAAUCCUAAUAAAAAAUUUUAAAAACUUUCUUCCAAUCUUCAUCCAACGUCUCUUCCUCCUGGUCCCGGGUUUUGUCAGUCCUUUCUAUCCCAUCCCUCUAGCUCAUUAACCUGGUAAUCUUAUGUCCGAGGCCCUUAAGUCUCUUCCAUGUCCCUUCCGCAGAUCUUCUUCAUAUUUAUACCUGUACUUUACUUUGUCUCCUGCUCCUUUCACUCAUGGAAACUCCAACUUGACAGUAUUUUUGUCCCUUCUCGACAAAUCAGCCCCUUUUCCAUAGUCCACACUAAACUCCAUGUGGUAUUUAAAAACAUGUUUCAAAGUCCCUCCAUAAUUAAGAACCCCCACAACCCCAAACAUCUCGCGGCCCAUUGGCAGACUUGAAAAGCCAAAACAUCCCUGCAUAGGGGGGUCUAUCCAACCCCCCAUUUCCAAACCAAACAAAACUCUAUCUCUCCAAAUCUGGCAUUUCCAAGUUCAUUUGUCAGAUCCAACAACUCAUGUUCCUGCUGGGCCACAGCUCGCUCCAUCUCUGACACCCGAGGUCCAGCAACAUCCUCCUCCCUCAUCUGAUCUGUCAGAGCACACUCCUGAGUUGGUUCCUGGGUGGGUUCUAUAUAGUUACUCACUACCUGUUCAAAAUUUCUGAUCGCAACAGUCAUCAAGUCCGUCUUCUCAUGUAACUGUUCCAAUAAGGCACUUGUUUUGCAGAAAGCACGCACCAGAGCUUCUGAAUACAUUGUUAUACAAGGUCAGAAGUCUAUUCCCACGAUCUUAAUCUGUUGCAGCUGCAGAGCUCCCCGGUUCAAAUUUAGUAACAGUUUCACAGGCUCCCUCUAGGGGAAGAACUUCUAUUUGUAUCCAUCUCUUUUCUUUUUUUUUUAUUUCUUUUAAAAGCAGAUCUAACAACAAAGUUUCCUUUUUCAGAUAUUUUGUCAAUAUUUGUUCCUUUAAAAUGCGAAGGAGAACAGUGGAAUCACUAUGUUUCUCUUCUUUUAACUGUCUGUCAAAGACGUUUGUCUAUAGUCAAUGAACUUCCCAAAACGUCAGUCCUGACACCCCGCUCCCAGGUUCAAGACGGUGGAAAAUUACUUUUCUUUACACUCUCUUCUGCAGGUUUAAACAGUCCGGAAAAAAUCCCCCCUCUUCUCCUGCUUCCGAAGGGGGUUCAACAAUUUUAGAUGAUGAAAGUUAAUCCUUUACAAACGAUUUUCUAAACUCUAGUUUGCCAUGUCUUUGCUUUAAUCUAUCUACAAGAAACGGAAGGCUGACUUCCUGUUUAGACCUUCCCGUUUCAGUGCCAAAUUAAGAAGAAUUUCUUAGUCCAGUUUUCCUUUCUACUCACAAGUCGUUGUUUAAAGUCCAAUUGUCCGAAUUAAACUACUCACGGGUAGUUGUUUUGGUAGCCAAAUUGUCCCAGGAAAAAGGCAGCGCUCUCCGGCAACGGCUGUGUGGCUUCGCUCCACGGAAGAAGCAGUUGACUCUCAGCACCGCGCCACUUGCCCCUCUUCGCUCCGGAGCCCGUAACUGGGUUCCUUUACGAGUUGGGGGGGCGCGAAAGGUGCCCGCCGAGUCCCAUGGUCACAGGCUUCAUCCGCCUGUGAUUUUUCAAAGGGUCCCCGCUUCGCCGUAGCGGGAAAGACCCGUUUUCCGUGGAGCCAGUCCCUCCGGAUUAGAGGGAAUCCGCCAUUACCGAUGGCGCCACCCCGGAAGUCUCUAUGAUAUCCGGAUUUGAACCACGUCUAGGGUAAGAAAGUUAAUAGAGAAAGGCAAACAAUGAAUGGCUCAUUUUGGCUGUUAGAAACAAUUGGAGUGUGAGCAUAUCAACAUAAAGCACUUUUAACUUUCAGGGAUUUCAAUGACACAUACUUAACACUCUAAUUGAAAACAGUGACACCUAAAAGUGAAUAAUUUUAGUUGAAUUGUGCCUCUGGAAUGUAGCUUCCUCAUUUACAAUUCAUUGGCAAAGUAAUUGAACACCUUAGUUCAGCAUGGGUGACGAUCCUUAUGAAUAUAUAUAGAUUUACUGUUGUAUUCAUUACAGGAGAGUACCUCAGCUAAUACGUAUUAUUGUUAUUAACAUUUUUUUUAUCUCUCACCCUUCCUCCAAUGAACAUGGGGCAGUUUAACAUUUCUUCAACCCUUUUAUCCUAGCAACAACCCUGUGAGGUGGCUUAGAAAAGUUGAUUAGUCCAAGGUCACCCAGUAAGCUUUGUUGUUGAAUAGGGACUAGAAUCCAGGUCUCUGUUGAUGAGUAUUAAUAUAAAAGUAUAUCUGUGCAUAUGGGACGUGGGUGGCGCUGUGGGUUAAACCACUGAGCCUAGGACUUGCUGAUCAGAAGGUCGGCGGUUCAAAUCCCCGCAACGGGGUGAGCUCCCGUUGCUCGGUCCCUGCUCCUGCCAACCUAACAGUUCGAAAGCACGUCAAAGUGCAAGUAGAUAAAUAGGUACCACUCCAGAGGGAAGGUAAACAGCGUUUCCGUGCGCUUCUCUGGUUCGCCAGAAGCGGCUUAGUCAUGCUGGCCACAUGACCCGGAAGCUGUACGCCGGCUCCCUCGGCCAAUAAAGUGAGAUGAGCGCCGCAACCCCAGAGUCGGCCACGACUGGACCUAAUGGUCAGGGGUCCUUUUACCUUUAUAUCUGUGCAUGUUUGCUAAUGUUUGUUAUUAAGGUGGAAAUAAUAAUUCAUUUAAACAAAAUAAAAUGAAUACUAAUGAUAAAAUGUUUAUUAUUUAUAACAGAUAAUUAUACUAGAUAGCUUCCAAGUGUCAUACUGUGUACAGUUGACUUAGUUAACUUUUUCUGAGAGUUUACUGUCAUAAUCUGCAUUGUGAAAUAAAGGCUAUAAGAUUUGGUGCUGCUCCAACAUCUGUGCUUUAACAAGUCGGACAAUGCAUGUUUUUCUUCUACACAUCUUAUAGACCAUGUGUCCUGUACAUUAUGAUUGCAGCUGCUGCCUUGUUCACACAGAGAGAGCUGGAAAGAAGGUUGUAUUUGGUUUCAGAAGACACCUGUUGCCUAGAAAACCCUCGCAUACCUGAGUGACUAGGAUAGUAAUAUGUGUGAAACUCGCAAGAAAUCCUUCAAUUAUGCAUUGUCAAGGAACACAUUUGGAUUUCUUCACUGCAUUAAUGCUAGAGUAUCAGCACAAAUAGAAGUAAGCAAGGGCUACAUGUGAACUAAUUUUUGGAGGCUUUUGCAAUAAUGCUGUGUAAAUGUUUUUGUUAAGAAAGACAUGAGAAAUGUCUGCUGCUGUGCCAUGAGCAUAAGAAGAACACUAGUAUUCAGAAGCAUACUGCCUCCAUCUGUGGAUGCAGAGCAUAGCCAUCAGAGUUCAAAGCCACUGAAAGCCUUAUUUAUCCUCAAUGAAUUUGUCUGAUGGACCAUCCAAGUUGGUGGCCCUCACUGGUGCUUGUGGGAGCAAAUUCCAUAGUUUAACUAUGCAAUGUGUGAAUAAGUCCUUUCUUUUGCCUGUUCUAAAUCUUCCAACAUUCAGCUUCAUUGAAUGUCCCUUUGAUCAUAAAAUUGUAGAGUUGGAAGGGAUCCUGAGGACCAUCUAGUUCAACCCCUUCCAGUGCAGGAAUACGCAGCUGUCCCAUACGGGGAUUGAACCUACAACCUUGGCAUUACCAGCACCAUGCUCUAACCAGCUGAGCUAUCCACACAGUUUAAAUGCAAUUCGCUGUAUGUGGUCUGCUUACCUCCAUUGUAAGGCCAGUUCUUAGGCAUAAUUGAGGCUGGUUUAGAUGAUUUAGAGUGACUGCUGUUUUCAUAAACAAUUCUAUAAAUAGCAAGAUCAAUGCAAUUGUUUAUUGUUUUUAUAAAGAGUAAAAUCAAUAAAAAUCCAGAGUUCUAAAUUAGUAACGAAGCUGCUAAUGUGUCGGAGAGCAUUGUCACAAUUGAUCUUGCUUCACUGUUGCUGCCGUUAUUUGGCAACUUCGUGAUCCAUCAGCAAAGCAGUCUGCUCACACGUGUGCCCAUGUUGAUCUGGCUGCAUCCAAAGGCUGGACACAUUGCUAACAGUUGAGUCAGGCAUGAUGUCAUUAUCCCAGAAGAGAAAGGACUUUGUAUCUGCACUUUUGUGAGGAGCAUUUUCUGGUGUUUGAAAGUAACCGUUGGAGAGUGCAGUUUCCAUUGUAGGGCCGUAUACAAUGAGGGGGGGGGAAAUGAUGCAGAAGGUCUUUUGAAAGCCCACAAAAGAACAUAAUGUGAAGCAAAAUGUUGCGAUUGAGAAGAAAAAUGGCUAAUUCUUGGGGCUUGGUGUUGUUCAAGUGAUGCUUCAAUGGACCACAUUGAAUAUUCUAAGGCAGAUGUUUUGGAACUACAAUGACUACUAGUUCUAGCAAGCAUGAUGGGAGUUUUUGUCCAUGGCCAAUGGCCAGGGUUGAUGGGAGUUUUUGUUCAGUGACUCCUGGAGGCCCAAUGGUUCCCCCUAUCUGCUCUAAGGGAAUGGUUUUUAAAUUUCUAUGUUUUACAGUCUCCUAUGAUAGUCUCCAUGUUAAGAGCAAAUAAUUCCUGCUCCAGGUACAAAAUAGGAUAGCACAAAAAACCUUGUCCUUUGAGACUGUAUGGGAAAUAAUGGCAGUGCCCUUAUUUACACACCUUGUGUUCUGUUGCUUGAGUGGCAUCAGAUGAGCCUGCAUUAUAGAAUAGCCCACUGUGAUCGCUACUCAAGCCUACGGGGUUGUCAGGUGGAAUCUGCAGUGUAAAUGCAUCACCACAUAUACCGGCAUGUGCUACAACGGAGGGUAAAAUAUAGUCUCCAAAAUGCCUCUUUCCCUUUUCCACAUUCUGUCAAUUAUUACUUCAUGUUUCCUUAAUUGCAAAUACAGCAUGACCCAGGAAGCCGAGAACUGGGAUGGUACAGAUGGCAUGGAAGAAGCCAUCUUUCUCUGAAACAUAGUUCUGCUAUUUCAGACGGGCUUACUCACUGCAGUCACCUGGUACUCCUGAAAUGUUAAAUCUGUACCUCCAUCCAUUGUGAGGCUCAUACUAGCCUGCCUUACAUGCUGCUGUAAGACUGACUAAUCUAUGUGAAGAGCUGCAAAUAAAAUUAUAAAAACGAACAAUGUGAAAUUAGAGUAAAAUAAUAAUAAAUAAUAUGGAUUUAGAUAACUGGAAUUAACAGAUCAAUGUGGAUUAGGAUAGCUUUAGUUUUGAAGCCAUUAAUUUCCUAAAAUAAUAAUAAUCACAAGUGAAGGUGUUUAGUGUUUACAUAUUUUAAAUACUUGUAACUCGGUUUGUCGUCCUUUUUUCCAGGCAGAAAUGAUCCGCGCAGCUUUCCAAGCACAGAGAGCAUAUCUACUGUUGACCUCGCAAUAUCAAGAACCUCAGGAGGUAAGAGAGAUGUGGGAGAGGUGGCUUUUUUUAGUUGGAUGGCACUGAAUAAAUGCCUUGUUGACCUUUCCAAACUUUUCUGAGCGAAUGAAGUCACUUCUGAUCAUUCACACCAAUCCUUUAUGAGUGCUGUGCAGGUGUCAUGGGCAUGUGACCUGUUUGUAAUUAACACAAAAUAGGCAAACCACCCCUGGGCUCCUUUAGGAGGAAAGUCAGGACAGUAAUUGAAUAAUUGAAAAGGAAAAAAGAAAACUUGCCACAAAUAACCAAAAUGUGUUUGCUUUGACAUAUCCUGAAUUCAAGGACAUAGAGCAAAGGUUGUUUGGGGUCUUAUACAAAUAUAUCAGUGUAGUUGUCAACUGUGGCGUUCCUAUGGUAACCCUAGUUUCCUACAGUAUUACCAUUGCUAUUUGUCUAAAAAAAGAGGUGCUGGAACUCACCAUGAACACCUCCCUUGUUCUCUUUUUAUGGCAAUGGCGCCCACCUGAGAGGUGCCAGCUCUGAGUUCCAGCGAGUUUUGGCUGAAAAAAAAGCCCUGGGUAUUACAAUAACCUGAUGUGCACAGAAUGGUCCAGAAGAGAGAAGAAAAGAGGCUCCCCUAUAACUUUGUUUGCGAUGUCAUCUGCGUUUGCCUCUGCUUAUAACCUAAAACUAUGCAGUCAGUGUGAAAUCCAAACAGGAAAGCCAACCAUUAGUUUACUAGAACUCACAGAGCAGAGAAAAGCGAAUGAAGGUGACAGCAUCUCAGUGCUGCAGAAAAGAGAGUAAUUGUGUCAUUCUGCUGUCUAGACGGUUUGCUUUAGUAAUGUAAAGCUGUGAAUGAGCUGGCAAGCUGUGAUCACAGCAUAGUAGCUUUGCAGAUAUUCAGAAACAGCAUUGUAGAGACUGAAGGGAUUUGCCGAGUUCCUGCCGGAUUGGACACAGGGAUGUCUUAAUUUAGAAGAGGAAAUACUGGUGGAGGGGAUGUCUGUCCUCUGCUUUAAGAAACAAGUGAACUCAGGAACAAAAUGGAAAGGGUGUUGCUGAAACUUCUUUAUACUAUGAUUAACACAAAAGGGCAAGCAAAAAAUAUGGUAUCUGGGAUUUCCCCCCUUAUUUCAUUGGGUCACAAAUUUUAGGGAUUUCUUCAGUAUCUGUACCUAGCAAAUCACAACCAAGUGUCCCUCCAGUGCAGUUUAGAUUUGCUUUCAGCAGUUAAGUUUACAUUUUAUCCCUUCUUGAAGCACUUUUCUUUCUGUAUAUGCAAAAAUAGCAAGAGCGGAGAAGAUCGUUCCAGCUGGCAUGCCAAUCCUACAUCAACUACAAUAAAUUACUUAGCAGGGUGAAUGUUACGUUACUUUUUAUGGUCAUGUUCUAUAUUUGUAUGUGAAGUGGAAAUGAUCACAUGACAAAAGCACCCUCUGAUAUUAGAGCUUAUGUAUACCAGCUAGUGGCUGUUGCCUGCAGAAUCACCUUUUAGAAAGCCGUGAUUGUUUCUGAAACUCAUUUCAGUUAUUUGGAAUUCAUUUCUGAUUUCUUCAUAUCAAAGAUUAAAAUGGCAAAGUACUGUAAGUUGUACUUUAAAGUCAGGAAAUAAGAGUGGAGAGUUGCAUAUAUAAAGCAUUUGGGAGCUUUUCUUACUAAUUAAGAUAAUGCUAGAAUCCAGACUCCUCUACAAGUUAAAGCAUUUUGUAACAUAGUUGUACAUGGGGGGAUUCCAGGUUUGCCACUGAUUCCAGUUUUCUUAAAAUCUGUCAAUGCAGCUGUUUUGAUUCUGACCCUUGAAACUUACCUUUGGGACCCAAAAUAUUAUUUUUCGAAACAGUAGUAGAAAUAUGUACAAUAUGUUGAGAAUAAUACCAUGAAGCUGCACCCAGACAUGUUUUCCCUCCCCACCACUGCAGAAUCUGAUUUUUCAUAUAUAGGAGUGUUGUACCAGUUCCAAGUGGCAAGCAGUAAGAACUCUGGUUCAAGUUGCCUAAUUGGAUUCAAAGCAGAUUAAUGUUAUAUUCAUCACAGCACAUAUUAUAAAAAUGUAGCUUGAGAAAUUUUACUGCAUACCUAACUUCCCUUUUACUGUUUUCUAUUGCACUAACCCUAAUAGAGCAUUGGUAGCUUGAAAACUGGUCAGAUGUAAUAAGAUGUAAUAAGAAAGGUAACCUAUGUGAUCCCUCUUGGAUGUUGUGGACUACCACUCUCAUAAUCCCAAGCCAGCAUGGUCUACCCUAGAGUAGAAGAAGAACGUAAGGGUUGAGGGAGCCCCUUUCCUCCUGCCUCCCCAAUUACAGUAUUGUGGCUUCCAAUAAUCCUAUACAAGUCUGUUGAAUUGUGAUAUAUAGACUAUAGAGCAUUAUAAGCAACCUCUGAUCAAUUCCUAUUAUCAUAUUAUUUUAAAAAACGCAAAUGCAAAUCCUAAAACUAGCUUCCAGAAGUAUCUGCACAAGGAGAAGUUGGCUCCUUGCCAAGCGGCGCAACUACAGAUAGUAAGAUUAGUAACAGAUGCUGCUGAAAAUACAAAUGGUGUUUUAAAAACCCCUCAUUUAAAAACGUGUUGUUCAUCGCUGUCAAUAGCCCAGCUGGUCUGAUGCUGAAAUUCUGUAGACUGACAUACCUGUCAUUAAUACACAGAUUCUAUAUUCAAAACUCAGGAUUCUCAAUACAGAACAAACCUAAAUCACAAUGAAGUGUGUUUGUUGUGUUCAUAGUCCAUAGAAGUGGCACGCUGCAAAAAAGGGGGGGGGAGGAAUCAGAACAAAUCCUACUACUUUAAACUAUAUGUUAUGAAUUAUUAUUGUUAUUAUUAAUUACCUGCCCUUCACCCAAAGGUUGAGUUACAAAAGCAUAAUAUUAAAAACAAUUAAAAUCACCAAAAUAAGGUAGGUCCCAAUAUAUACAUACCUCAAGCAAGGGUAAAGAGCAGCAUUUUCCAGGAGAUCAUAUAACUGAAGAGUUGGAAGGGACCAUGAGGGUCAUCUAGUCAAACCCCCUCAACGCAGGAAUCUUUUGUCCAACAUGGGGCCCAAACCCACAACCCUGAGAUUAGGAGUCCCAUGCUCUACUGACUGAGCUAUCCAGGAAUCCUGUAUAGUGAAGGCUGCAGGUGCAGGGAGUUCCAUGGUUUAAAGUCUGCCAUAGACUUAUGCAAUCAGCCAUCUGAUUGGAAAUAAAUCUCAGUAAAAAAAAUAUGAUCUAGAUUUGGCCUGUGUGAUUCAGGAUGAAAACUUCUCAAUCAACAAUGUGUAAGUGCAAGGUUAUUUUCUGCUAUGGAAUUUCCUCUGAUAUUUAUUCUGUGUCCUGACCCUCACUGCUAGACACUCCCUGCUCCAGGUUUGUCCAAGGCUUCAGUGCUCAAAUCUGAGUGAAACAUAAGGCAAACUAAACAAAACAAGUUUCAACAGGUACACAAGAGGCAAGAAUACAUGGUUAAGCACUAGCUAAACUGUUGACCCAGCAAAUGACACACUGCCUGCACCUUCCUUUUGAAGUAAGGGGUGGCACCACUAUUUGCACAGCGAGUGUCCUGCACUCUAGGACUGGACCUUCCUUUAACAGGCUGGCUACACAAGGCUCAUUCGCAUAGCUGCUGUCACCGUCACGUCCUUGGAGAUGGGGCUGGCAUCAGAGCUGGGUUGUCACCAGACUUGUUCUCCUUUGUCUCCCCCAAAGUGAAAGGCUCCUCAGUGCCAAGGGGUGGCACCAUGGCUGGAAACAUUGAACUAGGGUUGUAUGGAUGCUCCUCCAUGAAUUUGAAGCAAGCCUAAGUGCAGCAGCAAUGGCACUUAAAUCUUUAUUAGAAAGCUGCAGAACAGCUGGAGCCAAGAAGUGCAGCCUGACCAAGCCACAGGCAAUAGUGGAACCUCUGAAUCCAGAGACCAUUCGCCAGUGACCCACCUUGUCAACUUGGGCUGGCUGUACAACUUUCUGACUCCUCCUCUCUGCAGAUCCAGUGUGCUCCUCUUCUGUCAGCAGUAAUAACACUACUUCUUCUUUUUAAUAUUGCAGAGUGAAGUGACCAUUCUGUUAAAACCAAUAUCAGACAAGAUCCAGGAAAUUCAGACGUUCAGGGAGAGAAACCGAGGAAGUAAAAUGUUUAAUCAUCUGUCAGCAGUCAGUGAAAGCAUUCCAGCUCUUGGUUGGAUAACUGUGGUGAGUUUUGAAUUUUAUAUUUUUCUUUUUUAAAAAAAAAAUCCUUAUUUUUGACAUGCUGUGCCCAGCUAAUGUCAAAUUCAAGUUGUGUCUUCUCCCCCUCCCUAUGUUUCAAAAUCUUCAUGCUUACAUUCUAAAAUGCAGGAAAGUUUUGCCUUUUGAUUUUACAUCCUCUCUCUCUUUCUCUUUCUCUACUCUUGCAUCAUUUACGUGAUGGUCCUCUACCUUUCCUUAGUCUCCUAAGCCAGGGCCUUAUGUCAAGGAGAUGAAUGAUGCUGCUACCUUUUAUACAAACAGGGUAUUAAAAGACUACAAGCAUAGGUAAGUUACUAAAAAAAUUUUUUUUUGCUACAUUUCUCUGGUGAUAUUUCAGAACCAGUUUUAUCAAGCCCUAAAGAAUAUCGUAUUAUUUUGAAUCUACUACAAAAAGUAUUUGAGAAAUAUGUGUUGUCUCCCAAAAUCACAGAUUGGAUUUUGGCAGACUUAACUAGAUUUGUCCAUCCUGGAGGUGGGGUAGGUGGGUGGGUUGGGAUUUCGUUUUUGUAUCUUGUUUCUUUUCUUUUUGGUAAGUGUUAAUAUGUUUUGAGACUACAGUUCCCAGCAUCCCUAUCACUAGUCCUGCUAGCUAGGGAUCAUGGGAGUUGUAGGCCAAAGAUAUCUGGAGGGUUGAGGCUGAGGAAGGCUGACCUAAGGUGUAUUACAAGAAUGCAGGAAGUUCUCAGAGAGAUGCUUAUACAUUAAUGCUGUGUUAUUUUACUGUCCUAACUCAGCUGAAGAUUUCAUAGCCUCCAGGCCUUUUUUUCAAUGGCUGGACACUCCUAUGCUCCUAGCUACGCUGGCGGAUCCCUUACAUUCUAGCUAUGUUACAUUGGUAUAUUCACCCAGCACAAAAGCUGAAGGUGAAAAAGCCAAUGACAAGGAGUUGAUUCAUGCCGAUGAUGGGAACGUGUUCCAAACAGAUGCCGCAGUCUCUGCUUUAACCCACCACUAGUAAUGUUACAUGUGUCUAUGAAACUAAUGCAGCCACAUUCCAGCCAGGAUGAGUGAGGAGGCUGGAGGAAAAAUAAAUAUGCCAGUUCCACAACUAGUGUAUUUUCCUUCCCUUGUCAGGAAUAUGUAUGGGGAACAGGCUUGCUCAACCUGCCUCCCAAACUCUCCCUUCAUCACUGUUGAAGAACUGAUGGUAGGGGACUGGUGGCUGUUGAGCUUUCCACAGCUGCAGCGAGGAGACAUCUGAUGGUGGACCUCCUUUUCUGCUGGAAUACCUCCUUCUUUGCAUCUGCAAUAUUCUGUUGGGCCUGUGAUCCCAGGGAUCGAAGGGUUGCCCUCCCCCCCAAAAAAUGUUUAAUGCAUGCACAAGUAUUUUCCAUUAUGUUACAGUGAUUUGCGCCAUGUUGAUUGGGUGAAGUCAUUCUUGAAUAUCUGGGCAGAACUUCAAGCAUACAUCAAAGAAUAUCACACCACUGGGCUCUCAUGGAGUAAAACUGUAAGUGCUGCAUUUCUUGGAAUUUCCUUCCGAUGCAAGAAAAGUUGAAUAAUACUUAUUCUCUUUUACCCUGGAUUCAUUUUUCCCUCUGAUCCUUGGAAAUGGUUAAUUGAGGAUAUUAUAUUACAGAAAUUUACUGUGAGGAAAAAGAAGCUCCUAGUGAAUGUACCAUUACUUGCCCUCUCUCUUAAAUGGGUAAUGUAAGACCUGAUAAUGCUGGCAGCUGAAUUCAGGAAUCUGUGUCAACCCUAAGCUCAAUGAUAAAGACCACAUUCAUGUCACACUUGUUAAAGUCAAGGGCUCUCUACAUGCUGCUGUAGAAUGCAGACAUGUUUAAUGAAAUAGAAAGUUUGCAUUGAAAGACAGACGACGCGAUUAUUGUCGCAUGCAGUUUGGCCUCUGAGGCGUAAGACAGUACAGUCAAAUCUCGGUUGUUGAACGUAAUCUGUUCCGGAAGCCUGUUCAGCUUCCAAAAUGUUCGACAACCGAGACGCAGCUUCCGAUUGGUUGCACUCAGGUGGAAGCCGUGUCAGACAUUCAGCUUCCGGAAAACGUCCGAAAACCGGAGCAUUUACCUACAUUUGGGAGCCGAAAAGUUCCAAAACUGAGGCGUUCGGGAGCUGAGGUUUGACUGUAAUGGCUGGCAAGGAGUACCUUACUUCCUGGCAGUGGAGUCACUUACUAGGAGGGGUGAAGGCAAGGGGAUGUUAAUGCUGAGUAAUCACACCAGUGAGAGCAGCAGAUUGGCUCUACCAGUGUUCCUGCACAGCUGUGACAUCGUUGCCCCCUCAGCUCUCACCGUAAGUGACUCUGCUUUCAGAUCAGGUGUGUGGCAGUUCCUGGCAUAAGACAUCCAGAUGUAAGCAAAGUGACUGGGUGUGGUAGGUUGAAAACAUUUCAAGAGUUAAUUUUCAGGAACUUGGUUAGUUCUAUGUGGCCUCAUCCAGAUCCUUUGCUUUCUUCUUGUCUUCUGCGUGGUGCCAAAUUGUAGUGAAUAUUUAGCAUUUAGCAAGAAGCAGGUUCACCAUCUAGAGCUGUAAGAAAUGCCAGGUGUUUUAGUUCAGUGCAAUUUAUUCAUCAUCAUAACUUGCCUUCUAAAUGAAAGAUGUCAAGACUUACGGCUUUUUAGCCAUAUCAGCUCACCACUAACAGGCAAAAAUUUGUAAUGAAAGAACUCUUUUAGAAAAUGGGAAGGAAAUGUAUCUCAAUAAUUAUAUUUAUUUUAGUAGGGUAACGCCACAAUUAUGAGAAAGUCAGCAUGUGAAAACAGCACUAUAUUCAUCCCUCCUGUGCUAUAGAAAACUGUCAUGGGUGGUAGAGUUAAUCACCAGACCAAAAAUUGGCUCGCUAAACUAAAUAGUGUGGCUAAAUGUAACCCACACUGAUGUACAGACAGCAUGGCAAAUCCACAACAGGUGAUAAAUGGCGCUAAUCUUUUUUUUCUUUUUGGAUGGCUUCGGACAAACAGAUAAACAGCCAAAGUGGAUUAGAUUUUUCUAUAGAGGCAGCAAUCAUCAGCUGUUUCACCUUGUAACUAGCAUAUCAUUGGGCAGCAGGAAUGCUGGCAGACAGGUGGUCUAAAUGUUGUCGUUAGCAGGGAGAACGCUAGUAUACGUUUACAGAAGAAACACCUUAACAAAAGAUUUAUGUCUCCUCGACAUAGUCCACCUGUUCCUCUCGGCUGUUACAUGAUAUUUUGAGCUUCACAAUCCUCAUCUUUGUCUGUGUGUGUAUGUGUGAAGAGGACAAUAUGGAGCUCUGUAAUCAUAUUAAGCAUGUAACUAGGAUUAUAAGAGUUUGUAGUGCUUGUAGCUUUUUAUUAGGAGAAUGAAAAUUUCCCCUUUGAGACUCCCAGUAAUUGGUUUCCUGGAGGGGGGUGGAUUUUCAGUUCAUUUAUGUCACUGCUCACACCACCUGUCCCCCUCGUUCACAACUCAAAUGUCUGUAGGCUGAUUAGGCACACAUCCACAAAAUUAAAUUAACUAUCGUUAGCAUAUGAAACAUAAUGGUGAAAUUUGACUUGUGCUUGCCAGAGUUAUGUUUUAAAGUUCAAAUGCUCCAUUUUUGUUCAGACUGUCUUUUAAAAGAUAAAUGUUAAUGGGAAAGAAUAAGGUGUUGUUAUAUGUAUUAUUGAAUAGCAGCAGCAAUGUACAGUUUUCUGCUAUGCGGUAGGUCUUUGAUACCUUGUUUUACAGAAAGAAACUGAAUCUCAUAGCCAGUGUUACUCCCUUGGCCACCCAGAAUUACUCCACUCCUAACCUGGGAUCUGAACUUGAGCUGAAGUCCAGUUAUUAUCUACUGGACCACACACUGAUUGGUUGAAAGGUGGAGACAUGAAUGUGGGCAUAAGGAACUUUUUUACAAUUGAGUGAGGUAAACAGUAGUGGUAUAUGGACUCUUCUUUCUAACACCUAUAUCCCAUUUCCGAGCUUGGUUCUUCAAAUGCCACUGACUGAAGAUGAAAAUUAGGAGGUCAAACAACUGAUGAGCAAAGAAAGUGAAUGUGCAUUUUACUUCAACUACCGGGGGAGUCAAUAGCAGUAGAAAUACGUAUGCAGCAGCCACCCCAAAUUUUCUGUGUCCAGGGCAGCUGUCUUCCAGCUCUAUCUGGUACACGGAGUGAGGCCCUACCUGCCCACAGACUGUCUCACCAGAGUGGUGCAUGCUCUAGUUAUCUCCCGCUUGAACUACUCCAAUGCGCUCUACGUGGGGCUACCUUUGAAGGUGACCCAAAAACUGCAACUAAUCCAGAAUGCAGCAGCUAGACAGGUGACUGGGAAUGGCUGCUGAGACCAUAUAACACCGGUCCUGAAAGACCUACAUUGGCUCCCAGUACAUUUCCAAGCACAAUUCAAAGUGUUGGUGCUGACCUUUAAAGCCCUAAACAGCCUCUGCCCAGUAUACCUGAAGGAGCAUCUCCACCCCCAUCGUUCUGCCCAGACACUGAAGUCCAGCGCCGAGGGCCUUCCGGCGGUUCCCCUUACUGCGAGAAGUGAGGUUAUAGGGAACCAGGCAGAGGGCCUUCUUGGUAGUGGCACCUGCCCUGUGGAACGCCAUCCCAUCAGAUGUCAAGGAAAUAAACAACUAUCUGACUUUUAGACGACAUCUGAAUGCAGCCCUGUUUAGGGAUGUUUUUAAUGUUUAAUGUUCUAUUGUGCUUUUAAUUCUGUUGGGAGCCGCCCAGAGUGACUGGGGAAACCCAGCCAGAUGGGCAGGGUAUAAAUAAUAAAUUGUUGUUGUUGUUACUAUUAUUAUUAUUUAUUGCUCGAUCUUGAUCUCAAAGGAGUUGACAAGGAUGGGCCAUAGUUUGGUGGUACAGCAUCUGCUUUGCAUGCGGAUGACCCCAGGUUUAGUCCUUGGCAUCUCCAGCUGCCUGGGAGAGGCCCUGUUUGAAACUCAGGAGAGCCACUGCCAGUUUGUGUUGUUGGCAUCCGUCCAUCUCGGGAGACAAAGGAGGAGUGUGCCUUUGGGGGUGAAGUCAAACCGUUGGACAGUUUCAGCACCUGCUGUGGCUGUAGAGUUCCGCCAAUUUGUGUAGACCAGUAUUUCCCAAACUCGGAUCUCCAGCUGUUUUUGAACUACAGUUCCCAUCAUCUCUGACCACUGGUCCUGCCAGCUAGGGAAGAUGGGUGUUGUAGUCCAAAAACAGCUGGAGACCCAAGUUUGGGAAACAGUGGUGUAGACCAUACUAAAUGAGCCAGUGGUCUGACUUGGCAUAAGGCAGCUUCCUAUAUUUGUCUAAGUUCAAUAAAAGCCAUUGCAGGGCCUCUGAUCAACAUCUCCCCUGUCCCCCCCCCACACCUUGGCCUCCAGUGUGUGGAGUCUGAAGCACCUGCCAGUGGAAUGACACCAGUGUGGUUUCCUGUACCUGCACAAAACCCAGGUGGUGUCUGUCCAAGUGUGGGCACUCACAACUCCCACUUGCCAGAGGGCAAGGUAAGUAUGUGUAGUCAUCAUUGAUCAGAGUUCCUGCAGGGAUAUCUCUCCCCCAUGUUAUGUUGAUCUCCAGUGGAAGGUGAUGGAAGCUGAGGAGCAAAACCUUAAUCCUUAGAAACUUCAUUUUGUAUCUCCUGUCAACAUUAGGAACUUGGCCAACUUCAUUCCCAGGGCAGGAGCUGGUAGCUCCCACACCCUCAUCAACGCAGGAUUUAUUACCAAUUGCUGUAAGGCUAAUCUAGUAUCUUUUCUACAUAAAUAUUCCUCAGAAAACUAAUGAUACACUUGACAUUAAAAUACAAUGUGCUUCCCUUCAAAGGCAAGUCUUUUCUGCAUGCAUUUAUAAUCCGUAAUCCUGAUUCCCUUUAUGCUUUUUGGAAUUACUUUCAAACAAUUCCACGGUUGGCAACAAAUGGAUCUUAUUUGCGAGUGAGAUCAACCACCAACAGAUUCUUUGGCACAAAUACUUUCGUAUGUUACUUGACCAAACUAUAUGCUAUAAGGGGCAGCAAUGAGAGAGCAGCUGUUGCUAAGGAAGGCAGCUGACAUAAACCUAGAAGACGGACGUCGUAACCAUUUGUGCUAGUUAAAUAGCUGUUUAAAUGCCUUUUUAUAAGGAUACAUUGUUAUUAACAUCUGCUCACACUUAAUCUAAAGAAUGGUUUGGAACAGCAAGCAUCUGCUGGAUUAAGAGAAGGGUGGACUUUUGAGAAACUGUAACACAUCUUUCUUGUACAAGGUCCUAAGCUGAAGUCUGUGGAUUCACAGUCCUGCAGCUCCCUCAUGCAGGCACUGCUCAGAUAGACGAGAUUUUGUGAGGAAACAAAGGGGCUGGGACUGUUACUAAGCCCCAGCAAGGACCACUGUGGCCAAAGAGGUUACUUGGGCAUAACUGCUCCCUCAGAGACAGUGCUCCUUUCAGAACCAGGAGGUAGAGAGGGAAGGCUGAGGCAGUGAUAAGGUCAGCAUAAAGCAAACACACUAGUUUGUCUCUAUCGGUGUAUUUGCACUGUGCCAACCUCCCUGCUUCCUUGCUCCUCCUGGUAAGCAGCAGUGAUGCAACUGGCUGAAGGAGCACUGCCCCCUCACUCAGCCAUCUGCUGCUGCCAUUACCCUGUUGCUAGGAGGACGAAAAGCAGAUGGGCUGAUUUUCAAAGCAGAGAAAAAAAGGGCAAACCUGGAUAUGAAAGAGUUUUAAAGUCCCUCUUUGCCUCACCUUCCAGGUCUUCUGUUUUAGACUAGCCUCCGCAGUUUCAUUUUGUAAAUGGGCCCAGACUGCACAUGUGGGGUGGUGCUUUGAAAGCACCCAUGUCAAAGCUCCCUAUAUAGAUGAAGCCCACAAUUUGCGCUGGCUUUACUUAUGCAAGCGCAACCUUAUGCAGGCGGGAUAAAUAAGUAAAUGGAGAGCCAGGGAAACCCACCAUUCUCUGCUCUCUAUUUAUUAAUUUCCUGAGCACUCAGCAGAUUCUCCUUGCUUGACAGACUUUGGGAAGGUGUCACAAGGACUCUGGAACACUGCCAGAGGCCCCUCACUGCCUUCCCAAAGCGGGGUGACCAAGGCACUGGGCUUCGGGAAGGAGGUACGCAUACCCCUGGAACUGAAUCCUUGCAUAAGUGGCAGGCCUACUGUAUAGCAAUUUAACAUGCUGGGAAAAUGUGAUAGCUCAGGAGUCAUUUUGAGCAUGAAUUUUGAUGCUGUAUGGACCAGAUUUACAUAGGAAUUUGUCAGUCUGUUCGAGUGUGGCUCCUCAACGGGACCCAUGCUAAUGAAGGUAACUUACAACUAUUUCACUGGCAGGCAAAAGCCAACAGGCAGUAAAAGGAACUACAGUCAUACCUUGAAUCCCCAAUGCCUUGGUACUAGGACGUUUUGGCUCCCGAAUGCCGCAAACCCGGGAGUUUUCCGGUUUGUGAACGUUCUUUGGAACCCAAAUGUCCAACGGGGCUUCCACGACUUCCGCUCAGCUGCAGGAGCUUCCUGCAACCAAUCAGAAGCCGUGCUUUGGUUUCCGAACGUUUUGGAAGUUGAACAGAUUCUGUUUGACUUCCAAGGUAUAACUGUACAAGAAAAAUACAAGAGAAAAAGCACACAAUAUUAACAGGAGGUGCUGUGAGUUACAUUGCUGAUUAACAGCCUGAUGGUGUUGGUUUAAACUCCAGACUUCAGCGAUACAUAAUUUUAAAUAAGAAUGCGUAGGGUUGUACCCAACUUUUUGUAUUCUAAUAUUACAUUACAUCUUGUCAGUCCUUGGGAUGGUAUAAUAAGUGACCAUUAUUAUCAGGUUGAUAUUUUUUUUUUUUUUUACCACUAAUCUUUCUUUCCAUAAUAUUUGGUGUAAGUUCACAUAUCAUGCAUGGUUUAGCUGAAAGUGCAUGUCCUGGAACAAGCCUUGAAAGAUUAAUAGAAAAUUCCAUGGAAGACACAAGAUCUACCCACUCUGGAAGAAUGGCAGAUGAAGGUGAUUGACUAUAUGGAACUGGCGGAAAUGACUGGCAGAAUCCGAGACCAGGGAGAAGAGUCGGUGGAAGAAGAUUGGAAGAAAUUUAAAGACUAUUUACAGAAAUAUUGUAAAAUUAAUGAAUGUUAGAAUGAUGUUGGAUAGAAAUUAAAUGGUUUUUAGCUGAAAUAUUAUAAGGGAAUAUGAAAAAUGGAUUACUAACAGGUAAAAAUUUAAUGUUACAAUACUUUAAGAUUAAAGAUUAGGAUAAACAAAGAGGGGAAGGAUUUGCUGAACCAACAAACUGAACUGGAAUACAAAAAAGGGAGGCGUGAGGAGGUCUGGGAAACAAGCUAAUGAAAAAUAAGUAAUGGAAAGAUUGAUUUGUUUUUAACUAUUUUUAUUUUGUAUUUUUCUUUUUUCUAUUUUUAUUUUGUAAUAUUUUGAAAACCUUAAUAAAUAUCUUAUAUAAAAAAAAGAAAGAUUAAUAGAAAAUUCCACAUCAGAGUUGUUAUUUGUAAAGACGACUAAUCAAUUUAGGAAUAUGAAUAAUACAAUUUGGUUCCCUGGAAGAAUUUUUUUUAUUCAUUUAUGUAUUGUAUAUUAUUUUAUGUAAUACAGGUUGUAGCUUGUCUUUAUGUUUUUUCCUGAAACUAUUUUGUGAUGGCCAAUGGUCGUAAGCAACAAAGGAGACAGAAUUCCAAAAUUGCAUAAAUCUAAACAGUUAAUUUUUUUACAGGCAUCCAAACCUAUUAUUUGUUUUCUAACUAUGACCACCUUGAACCUUUCAUAUAAUCACUGUAUUCUAGGUUGUUGUUGUUUUUUAAUCAUGCAUUCCACAAUGAAAUUAUGGGAUCAGUGCAUAUUCCAUCAUACCAAAAGUAUAGUGCAGAAGAGUUUCUCGUGAUUUGUGACACCAUUUGUUUAUAUAGUUACAGACGCCUUUUUUAAAUUUUCCUUAUAGGGUCCAAUCGCAUCAGCAGCAUCUGGGCUGUCUACUCUAGCAAGCAACCAGGGUCCUCCUCCACCUCCACCUCCUCCUCCUCCACCACCACCACCACCAGGACCUCCUCCUGUCUUUGAUACAGAAAAUGCAAAAGAUGAUGCAACUGCAACCCGCUCAGCCUUAUUUGCCCAGCUGAACCAGGGAGAAACAAUUACCAAAGGUGCCAAGAAAAUAAUACAUUUGAAAUUUGAUAGUCAUUAUCUUUUUUGUUUCUUCAAGAAACAAACACCAAGCAAGCUUUCAUUAACUGCCAUGCGUCUUUCUCUAGGGCACAGAGCCACUGGUCAAGGAAGCGCAAAAUGACAUCCUGAUUGCUUUCAGGACCCUGUGUACACAAAAGUACAUCAUUUAGAAACCUGAUGCCACUCUUGUAACAUUAAUUUGCUGUCAGUUGAUUCCGGAGUCUCUUUUGAUGUUGCACACCUUUACAUUUUGAGAAACAUUAAGUGUUGUGCUCUUAAUCAGACAUAAAGCUCUCAGUUGGUAGAGCAAGAGGCUCUCCAUUUCAGGGUUGUGGGUUCGAGCCCCACAUUGGGCAUAGGUUUCCUGCAUUGAGGGGGCUGGGCUAUAUGACUUGUGGUCCCUUCCAGCUCUGUGACUCCAUGAUACUCUAUAAAUAGAAUCAGGCAUAAUGCUUUUCUGCAGGCAAAGUUGCAUUAAAAUGCAAGUGCCUGUUGAUUUAUCGAACACAACACAAUAGCAAAUGUUGGGCCACCAUAUCAACCAAUCUGAUGAAUGCUUUUAGGUGCACGAAGCUGCUAUUUUUGUACAGCUGCUUGUGGUUUUCUUAGGGCUUCGCCAUGUCUCUGAUGACCUGAAGACUCAUAAGAAUCCCAGUCUUCGGGCUCAGGGGACACCGAUUCGAUCUCCUACAAAAAGCCAUGCACCAAAUCUGACUACUCCCAAGCCUCCCCAGCAGAGCCACUGUCCUGUGUUGGAACUUGAAGGAAAGAAAUGGAGAGUGGUAAGCUCAGCUCACGUAUAAAUGACCUUUACUAGAGUAAACUGACCUGGUUUACUGAACUUUCUCUGGAGUAAGGAGUGUGCAAAAGGUGUACAGUCGUACCUCAGAAGUUGAACGGAAUCCGUUCCGAAAGUCCAUUCGACUUCCAAAACAUUUGGAAACCAAAGUGUGGCUUCUGAUUGGCUGCAGGAAGCUCCUACAGCCAUUCAGAAGCUGUGGAAGCCCUGUCGGAUGUUCAGGUUCCAAAGAACGUUCGCAAACCAGAACACACACUCCCGGGUUUGCGGUGUUCAGGAGCCAAAACAUCCGAGUAUCAAGGUGUUCGGGAUUCAAGGUAUGACUGUAGUAACAUACUGUAUGAAACAGCACAUUCAAGCAUCUCAAUGUUUCCCUUUAAGUAAAUGCCAUAAGAUGUUGGUGUAACUGUGCUCUGCAUGAAAUAGCAUACUGCCAUAUUUCCACAAACGUAAGUAAAUUGCGAGGAGGUGGAGCCCCACUUAAGAACAUGACCUGGAAUGAUAUGCACCAAUGACGCUGGAAAUAAUUAUGCAGUCUUUGGGAAGAAUCCUCAGAAUUGCUUACUUGCAAAUAUUGUUAGAAAGUUGGGUAUGAUAUUAACAAAUUUGCAGAACAAAUAUUGCUUCCAAUCUAAAAGUCAAACAAAGGCUGAACUUUCAGUGCUGUUCCCCUGAUGACCGGCAUGUUUGACCUCUUAUCACUGCAGGUAGUUUUUUCUUUAAAAAUGUGCUUAUUUAAAUUUCACCCAAAAUGUUUGGAAACUUCACCCAAAAUUGGAUUAAUUUCAUUUGUUAAAAUCUCAAAUAAUUAAACUUCGAAAUCAUUUUGGAUAACUUUGUCUAGCCCAAAGAAAUACACAAAUUACUGAUACCAUGUAUACCUGUGUUCAUUCUCAAAACACUCCUGUGGGACUUGCAGCUUGGUGGAAAAGCAGGUGAUACACCAAACAAAUGUAGCUGCAGGUUAGAUUCUCACCCACUUUUUGUGAGAUAAUAGUGAUUGGGAGAAAAGUGCAAAUGCUACGAUCUGUUAAGGCUAAUCUGUGGUAUGUUCCUUCUUUUCUUUCUUUUUAAUGCAGGAAUACCAAGAAGACAAGAAUGACCUUUUAAUUUCUGACACUGAACUCAAGCAAGUAGCUUACAUUUUCAAGUGCAACAAAUCUACAUUACAGAUGAAAGGAAAAAUUAAUUCCAUUACAGUUGGUACGUGUGCUUAUUUCUAGAGUGAAGACUAAGGCUGUAAUCCUAUGCACAUAUACCUGGAAUAAGCCCUGUUGAAUAUAGUGAGACUUACUUGUGUGGGGGGGGGGGAGGAUAUGCAUAGAAUUGUAAUGAAUGUCCUGCAAAGCUUUUAUAGGUGAUAGCACUUUAGGACACAAUUGUUACUCCUUUUGAAAUCUGGGGGGAUAAGAAUGUGAAUAAAAUUACCUAGAUUCUCAGAGUUGAUUCCAAUGUUAGUAAUACUCAUCCAUUAAAAUUAAUGGACAUGAUUAACAUAAGUCUGUUAAUUUCAGUAGAUCUACCGUAUUUUUCGCUCCAUAGGGCGCACCGGACUAUAGGGCGCACCUAGUUUUUAGGGGGGGAAAUAAAGGGAAAAAAAUUUAUCCCGCCGCGCUCCGAAGGCUUGCGGAUAGCUGCCUGAAGCUUCAGGCUGCAGGCUGCUACUCCCGCCAGGCUCUGAAGGCUUGCGGAUAGCUGCCUGAAGCCUGGAGCGCACCUUCCCCUCUCGCUCUCCAGGCUUCAGCGAAAGCCUGCAUUCGCUCUAUAGGACGCACACACAUUUCCCCUUCAUUUUUGGAGGGGGAAAAGUGCGUCCUAUAGAGCGAAAAAUACGGUACUCUGUAAAUCUUAAUUAGCUACAACCCGUAAACACUUGCAAGUUGUAGCAGUUAAUCGCUUUCUCAUAUGUUCAACAAUAGAUAGCACUGAAUACAUUUUGUGACCUUUUUAUUUCUCCCCAUUUUUCCAGACAAUUGCAAAAAGUUUGGCCUUGUGUUUGACAACGUUGUGGGUAUUGUUGAAGUGAUCAAUUCCAAGGAUAUUCAGAUACAGGUAAACAUCCAUUCAUAACACUAAUACAGGGAACAAGAAAGAUAGACUCUCCUACUCCACCUGCUGAGGUUCCACUGAUCAUCAGCUUCCACCAACAGCUCCUCUUUGUAUUUUUAAAAAACAUGCAUGUUAGAUGCAAAGAUGCAUUUAACACCGUGUCUAGUUGGGCCUUUAAGUUAUAUCUCUCUGUUGCUUUCAUGCUCUACUUUUGAGCUUCAGCAACAUUUACACUAUAUUUAUAACAUGGUGUGACUAUUAAUUCUUUCCAUUUUAUAUAUGCACCUACAAAUGUGCUCUUUGUGACCUCAGGCAACCUUUGCUCUUUUAUAGAGAAGGAAGGAGGGAGGGGAGAAAUAUCACCAGGCAUUGCUCUUGACAAGCAGUGACUCAGUCCAUCAAUCUGUGGUGUCCUUUACAUCUGUUAAACUUUCAGUAAGAGCUGGCUAAUAUCCAUCUGCUUUGUUCCCUGUACCCGCCUUCAAAGAAACAUGCUUAUUCUAUGGAAUAUCCUGCUUAGGGAGGUCCUCUGAUCCACUUUCUCCUCUCCUUUAGGGGGCACGCAAAGGUCAUUCUGUGCACAGGUGAGAUGGAGAGGAGAUAGGUUGUUGAUGGAUGACAAUAUUUCACAAUCUAGGUAUCUGAAGAACUGCCUGCAAACCUCCUUGAUUGUUUAGGUUUUCCUCAGAUGGAUCUUGCCCCCCUUAGCUGACUGCCUGGCACCUAUUCUGAUGAUAUUUUCAAUGCCGGGGGGGGGGAAUUGCCAGAGAGCUGCAUGUCACCUGAUCCUGCUUCAAUGGAAGGCCUGUUGAAAUUAAAGUGGGUAACAUGAGAGCAAUGCUUGGCGAAUUUUUUAUGCAACCAUUCACAGUUGUUUAUAACACGGUGGCAACGGACUAUGGGGGCUGACUUGUGUAUUGAAUUACCAUUGAAAUUUUGCUGGUUUUAAUUAAGCUCUGCCUGGUCUGGUGGAAAAAACCCCAAAACACUUCUCUGUUGGUGUUAACAUCUUUUUCUUUACUAUUUUGAUUUGUUAUAAAGUCCUUUGAUUGUUCUGCAGGUAAUAGGGAAAGUGCCAACCAUUUCAAUUAACAAGACUGAAGGCUGUCAUAUAUACCUCAGUGAGGAAUCAUUAGAUUGUGAGAUUGUGAGUGCUAAGUCAUCUGAAAUGAACAUCCUUAUCCCAAAGGAUGGUGAUUAUGUAAGUGUACUAUUUUAAAACUUUCUGAUACAAAUUCCUGAAAUACACACUGAAUCGUAUACUGACAGCAAGUUGCUUUGAGGAAAACAGUCUUUUGGAUUAAAGUAAAUCAUAUCUGGAAUAUAUACAGUAUAAUUAAUAUAUACUCAUUCUCUUUCUCUUUUUGUUCUGGUGUGGUAUUCUGUAUAUGGUGUUAAGGUUUAGACUUAUUAUAAGUUAUUGUUAAGUUUAAGUUGUCUGCUGCAACUGGAUUUCUUUUGGACAGCACCAAUCCUGAACGUAUUGGAUUUGUGGCCAUUGUGCUCAUUUGCCAUCAAUAGCAGUAACACUCUGCUGGAUGAAAUAUUAAUUGCCCCUGGUCUUUUUUUUUUCUUUUUUUUCUAAUCCUGCAACAUGUUUAACUUUUAACUAUACAUUGGAAUCUGCUCUGGAUCAAUAUUGAGUAGAAUUUCUAUGACAGCAUUUUCUUACUUUUUGGCAUUUAUGCUAUCCUAACCUUAUGUUCUAACCCUACACAUAAAAGAUUGGGAUGGUUGCCGUCAAAUUAGAUCAAGAGGAGAAAUCACAACAAAAAAUGCAAAAAUGCCACACUUGUUUCCCCCCCUGAAUGUAAUCAAGAAAGUCCUUUAUAGCAUGACUGACUUAUAAAAGCCUCCUCAGUCAUGUGCCACUAACAGUGAGGGCAUCAGUUUUCAUAACAGCCACUUGUUUGACCAACUGACAUUGUCAAUCUUGUGUCCAUAUAGAAAGAAUUUCCUGUUCCUGAGCAGUUCAAGACAUCGUGGGAUGGAUCCAAGUUGGUCACUGAUCCUACAGAGAUUGUGGGUUAA